AUGUUGAUUUCAAGUCUGGUGUACUUCCCAGGUGUGUUUCAGUGGGUUGACUGAGUUCACUUUGUCAUUUCUUCUUCCUUAAAGAUGGAAUUCUUCCUCCCAUGAAUUUAUGUUUCCAGUUGUUUCAUGGAGAGCAUUCCUGUAUCAUAGGAGGGCAUACAAUGAGGAAAUUAAUACAAAACGAGAACUUUUCCCUCUAAUACUCCUAGCCAUACAAACAGGUGUGUGUCAAUUGUACUGGAAAAGAAAAAGAUGAACCUCCCCUCCCCAUGGACUGCUUUACCAAAGAGGAUUCCUCAGGGAAAAACUUAUGGAUUGCAGCAUGCUCUGAAUCUAGUGAAUGUGUAGUUUGACCCCUUUUGGACAUUGAAUCCCAGUCCUGAUUGUGGUUUUCUUGUGUGCUUUUGUAUGUUUUUCUUUAAAUUGUAAACUGUGCCCAACCUUGCCUCCUUGAUACAUCAUGUAGUAUUACUUAGAAUGUGAAAACAACAACAACAGAGUCUUGUAGAACCCCUUUAAGGUGCCACAGUAUUUUGUUGUUUGCUGCAACAGAUUAACCCAGCUACCCAUUUGCAGCCUGGCAUGGUGGCAGGGGAGCAGCCAACAUCUCAGACUCCAGCGUGGCUGGGAAACACUUUGCACAGGAAGACACAAACAGGGCAAGACUUCAGAGAGCCAAUCAGCAUCAUUCUAGGCUCCCUGGGGUGUGUGGCCUGGAAGUGGACCAGACCAAAGUCUGUGCUGGCUCUGUCUGGUCUGCUCCUGGGACAUAAAAGGUGGUCCUUGCCUGCUUGCUCCACUUCUGCUUCAAUUGACUUUUCAAACUACCUACCCUUUGUUGUUUACUUUACCUCUUGCUUCCAUCAGGGGAGGGUUUAUGAUCUAAUGACAUUGCUAUGGACAACCGUUGGUCCCUGUUUUUUAGGGCUGGGGAGGAAUUUUGCCCACAGGCAGAUUAACUUUGGUCCUGUGCAUUCUUGCUUACCUCAUAGUAAUUGUCAUAACUUAUGACGGUAGGAGAGGUAUUGAGCCAGUUACUUAGGAGAAAGGGACAAGGCAGGGUCACCCUGCCCCAUCUCAUAGGGUGAUUCCCUUAAGAGAUUCUGGAGGGCAGCACUUUCCAUCCAGAAGUAUAUUGUAUAUUGUAGGUUGUAUAUUGUAGAUAGUAAGGUUCUUAACUUGAAUUGUGCCUUGCUGUUGUAUUAAUACACUGAGGGGGGAAAUAAAUUGUGGAAGAGGAGUAGGCAUUAUUUCUGGGGUUAGUGGAGAAGUGAAAAGUCAGUGAUACAAUUUCAAGGAGAACUUUUAAAUAGAAUUUCCAUUGUUACUGAUGUACUGCAAUUUCCCCCCAUUAUUUGUAUACUGCAACUGUUUUAAAGAUGGUGCAUGGCCUAGGGAACCCUCUAGUGACUUUCUCUGCCAGGUGACACACUUUUGUUCCAUCAGUUGAGUCACUGGAUUGCAGGGCUCAUGAAUAUUGUGGUACUAAAUUAAAUAAUGGUGUAGAAGUGGGAAUGCAAAUGAAAAGAGGAAAAUACUAUAAUACACACAAUGUCAGUAGUGGACACUGUGAAGCACAGUCAUUUAGGAACUUACCUCAGGUUUGAGCUCCUACUUUAUCUUCGAUAUCUGGUUUUGCCUCUGCAGGAAGUUUUUGGUUUUUUUUAAAGUGGGGGAGCAUUCAUCAAUGCAGUCCCCACCCCAGUUUUAUUACAUCAUAUUCCCUUUUUGUAGAAUAAGACACAUUGAAAGCUGCUAAUUGUCUGUUACGAGUAAUUUAUUUGACUGUGGAAUAAUUAUCAUUUAUAUCACUUGACAAGUACGUAUAAAUCAACAUGACCUUUAACUGCAUCGGUUGUUUUAGAAUUGGUGUAAAGAAAUUCAGGGAACUUGGAUGAUUUGGUGAGUGAGACUGCUGACCCAAUGCUGAGUUGCAGGGAGAGGAAAUAUUGACCAAUCCAAAUUAGGUAACCGAAAAUUAUGCUUCCUGCUGAUAAGCUACUUUUCAUAAUAUGCAAACAUAGCACUCGAGGUAGUAAAACUGUGAGGCAGCUAUACUAUAUCUUAUUUAGGAGCUGUAAAAUGAUCCCAUGACAGUAGUAAUUCAUUCAGUUUCCCACAGAACAGUUUUGUUAUGAGGGUUUUGGAAAGCAUGUAGAGAAAAUGCAGGCAUGACCCAGCAAAUGUUUUUAACAGUUUUAUUAAGCAUUAGACUGAAGCUUUUCCUUUGAGUGGGUGAAUAUGUGGAUUAAUAUAAUUCAGCUGUAAGAAAGCCAUGAGAGCUGCCAAUAUUUAUUAGGGUAAUGAACAGCAGCUAGCAUUUUGAUGUGUGUUUAUCCAUAUAGGCAUAAGAUGGUAUCCAGUUAAGUCAUAGAUUUUGACAUGUCCAAGUGGAGUAUGAUUUAGUUGGAUACACCCAUGUGAAAAGAAGCAAGAAUUCAGUCGAAGAUGCAGUCAACCUCUCUUUGAGGAUUGAUCUAUCAAUUGAAGGGAGCUGAAACUGAAUGCUCUUUCAUUGUGAAAUGUAAGACACUAUACCCUAGAAAGAUAUCAAGCCGGAAGACAAAGGAGUGUACAAUAAAGCAAAGCUAAUGAGUCCAAUAAACAGCCCCAAGGUUAUAAGUGAUCUGUCUAGGGGGAUACAUCUAGCAGAAGAUCUAGAACAACUGCAAAUGUUUGCAUGUUGGACAGACACUGAAAAGAACCAGUUGCCCCAUUAACCUAAAAAUCUUCAAGCAUUACAAUGCAAAGAUGUUUUGAUUUGCUUUCCCUGAUAAUUUGUAUAGUGACAUCCAAAAGUGGACCUUAUGAUAAGGGUUUGUACGGACAAUCAAUAAAAAGGGGGGAAAGGGCUUGCAGGAAAGUUGAAGAAGUUCUUUGCAUCUGUUUUCACUGUGACAGACGGGCAGAUUGUUGUGCUUGAACUAACUUUCUGAGGAGCUGAAGCAAAUAGUGAUGAAAAGAGAUUGUGUUCUAGGCUGUACUGACAAAUUGGAAACCAAAUAAAACAGUUUUGCGCUGACAGGACCCAGGUGGAAGAUGGUGUGUCCUGGAAGAGGGGGCCUGGAAUUGUCGGUAGAUAAAAAGGAAUAAUUGUGGUGGGCGGGGGGGGGGGGGCAGAGCAAAAUGCAGAGAUGAAGAAUAACAGAGAAGGAAGGGUGGAAGGAAGAAAGAUGUAAAUGUUCAACAUUUAUUACUGAAGUUAAUUCUCGUGCUUUGGGGGGGGAUCUCUCAUAUAAUAUAGCAGUGAACUGAUUCUUAUUUUAUGGCUUUAUUCAUUUUAAAUAGGCUACUUUCCUAAUUACAAAAAAAGUCACUUGAAUGCCACAUUGUGCUUUUGUAGGAGCCAAAAUAUUGCCCGUUACUGGCCAGAACUAGUUAGUUUCAGCAAGGUGGUGGCCUCAUUUGCCUUCCAAGGUUGCAGUGCUAUAUGACAUCCGUUUUGGUGAUGUGGUUACUGCAGCCAAGGGCAAAGCUUCCUGCACUGCAUUGCCCUUAGUCUGAAUAGAUGAACCUUUCUGCACACUCUUUUGAUAUUAUCCCCAAAAGCUUCCAAAAGGGGGAAAUGAUUUUACUGCCAUCAAAGAGUGCCCCCAACUCUUGUCUCACCCCUGUUGUAUCCCAGAUGCCAUCAAAUAGGGACCUGUGAUACACAUAUCACAACACUUCAUGCUUUAUUUGAUAAGGCAAUGAGUGUUUACUUGGUUUGGGGUGGGGAGAUAAUAUUUUCCAAGCAACAAUUUGCUGUGUUUUGAGCUCUGGGGAAAUGACAUUUCCUUACAGUGGUUGUGCUCCCUUGAUGGAAACUUUCUGGAACUCCUGCAACAGCUAAGAAGUGUGUGCAGAACACACACACAAAGUUGUCUAGGUAAGCCCCAGUGCAACUGCAAAAAGAGUACAGUGUGUGAGUUCACCCUCCACUGAAGGGAUAGAAGAAAGAUUAAAAUACUUUUAAGAACACUGUUUACUUCUUUGGCAGUCUAAAGAAACAGUGGUAGGUGACAGUAUAGUGUUAAAUGAUCAACACAGGAAGAAGAGCCCCCUUUCUCACUGCUUGGAUUGCAGAAAACUGAUCAUGUAAAGAAGAGUAGACUCUAGGUUGAUGCUUGCUAAGCUGAUCUUUGAUGUGGUCAUGAAGGAGGUGUUGAAUGCAGCAGAGGCGUGAGGAGGGUGAAGGUAACCUUUAGAUUGGGGAACGAAGAUUGUGUAAUUCAUUUGAUUUACCUUCUUACUGCACCAUCCAUGUCGCUUAUCAGAGUGAUUAUUUUUCCAGAUUUCUCUGUGGUUACUCCUGUUUUCUAUGUGUUCAUAGUCUGUUUAAUCAGCAGUUGAUCAUCAAAGAAUGUUAACAACCAUGCUAACAGGCAGUGUUUGAAAAAAUCCAUUUAGGCUGUGAAGAUAACAAAAGGGCACAAUCCACAAAAAACGACCACUUCUUCUCCCCACUUCUGGUUCCAAGACUAGCUUACUUAAAGUUAUCAGAAACACAUUGUGGAUAGUGCAGGGAUUUCCCUGCCAGCCACUUGAAGUGACACUUCUUCUCUGAACAUUUCUUGUUUUGUUUUUAAUUCUAGCAUCCUUGAGCACAAUGAACAAGUUUUAAUGCACAGACUCCAGGGGAAAGUGCUGCAGCACCUGGCCAAAGGAGGUUGCACCUAGGAACACUCCUGCUGUUUGAAGUAAGUAAUGGGAGUAAUUUUGUUACAAGGAAAAUUGCAAUUGCUUUAUAUAUUAAUUGGUGUUUUUGUGUCUCAGAGGCUAUGCUGAUGUUCUGUAAUGCAUGGAGAAGAAGGAUCAAUUAGAGGGUCAAAUUUGAUCGUCGCAAGUCUAUGUGUGUUGAACUUUGGCCUUUCCCAAUCAUGUAGGAUGAGGAUAUGAGGAAGAGGGAAAGCUUUUAACAGCAAAAGAAGUGCAUGGACAGGUGGUCCUCACAACACUUCCAUGACCACAGCUUACUUUCCUAUGGCCUGUCCCUUCAGGUGCCUUUUCUCCCUUUCUCUUGACCAAGUUCCUGAUACAGCAAAUGAGCUCAGCUGGGAAGGGGAGGCACUUGGGGAGAGGGGGCUGCAAGGAGGAAAGUGACAGCAGCUCCCUGCUUGCAUGUUCCUCUUUUGCUAUGAAAAUCAGACUGCACUGAACUGUUGCCUUCAUGUCCUGUUUGAGUCUGUCUCUCAAAUAGCAGCUUGGGCUAGGAAAGAAGUACAGUGCUUGUGCACAGAUUCACAAGAGUUUUAUUUAGGUCAUGUCCACUUGGAGUUUUUUUCAGGGCUGGGAUAUGUCCAUCUCUGCAAGCCAGAACGUAUCAGUGAUAAUUCAUACAGCAGGGCGGAGGUAGGAUGUAUAGCUUGCAUGGCAGGGAUAUGCAAAUUCAGAACCAGUUCCAGGCUUGAAGGAGCUUAAGGCAAGAGUUAUACCAAUUGGCUCAAGGCCCAAAGCCCUGCAUUUUCCCAUGAAAAAAUGGGAGUAUGUAGAGAUUUUUUUUGAGAAGCACUGUCUUUCACUUUGCAUCAGAUUUACUCAAUGGAAAUCAAGCAAGGGAGUUUGACAUUGCAACUUGACUUAAUCAGCUUCUGGCACCAUCCCUGCUUCUUCCUUGCUUCCUAACCACACCAAGAAUAGUGGAAUAAGUGAAUUAUGAAUCAAGAGAAUAGGCUUGUGUAAAACCCAACAUGGCACUUGCUUCCCACACUUCCAGUUUAGCAAACUGAGCAAUUGCCUUGUAGCUCUUUCCUAAAAAUACAUUUUGUUCCUUGGUUGCUUUGCAAAGAGCCAGCUGUUAUAUUGAACAUGCUUUUAUGCAACGAAGCCUAUAGCCAAGACUCAACACAUGGAACUCAAAACAAUUGCACAUUUUCCCCCUUUCUACCCUUGUCUCCAUUUUUCUCCCCAUGUCAUAGUUGCAAGGGAUCUGCCCUCUUGCGCACUGCAAAGAGCAAUGCUGUGCUAUACAUUUAAUUGUUUAAUUUACUACUAUUACCUAUAGGUACGUAAGAUAGAAGUCUCAAAUAUAGAACAUAAAACUAAAUUAUUUUAAAAGAUAUAGGCACCUUUAAAAAACCCUCAUUAAAAAUCACAGUAGGUGUAUACUUAUAUCAAAACUAACAGCAAUGUCACGAAACGAGGGGGCAAGCUUUCUGAGAAUCCUUCAGGCUGGAUGUUCAACAAGCCUGGGGGUAGCUGAAGCCAGCUAUUUCAGGAAAUAGGUAUUUGGGGCCUUUGCAACCAGAAGUCUUGUACUCUAUGCAGAAGUAACAUAUAAGAAUUGUUGCGCUUGAGUUGAUUCUUGGUUUAGGGCUGCUUCUAGAUUUGGAGGGAGGUUUGGCAAAGUGCUAACUGGUGGCCCACAUUGGGCUUAACUGUUGGUGGCAGGCAACAGCCAAGCUCCUAACAGUGCUGGGCUACCCUGUAAAUUUCCCAUAAUGCUUCUAAUCAGUGUUAUGUUAACAGCAUUGUGGAAGUUUGUUUGUUUUUUUAUGGAGGCUAGACCCAGAUUACUUGCUGCUGCUCAGAGUUCCAGAUUGUGGACAGGAAGGGUGGGCCCUAUCAAGGUGAUGGGACCAUGGUAGCUUCCCAAAGACAGCAGCUACUGACCCUGGCCCUACUAUUGGUGGUAGCUGAUUACACAAUCUCUAAUGGUUUGGAGAACGACGCCAGGGGAGCACUUUGCUUAGCGAUGCAUCUGUAGAGUACUAGGAUUUCAAGAAAAGUUGGUGGCUUAUAACGACAUAUUCUUCUGCAAUUGUGUGGCUAUUGGAAUUGUUUUAUCAAAAUAUCAACAUCCUUGCAGAAUUUUGAGUUGUCUUUGUCAGUUCUGUAUUCAUAUUUUGACUGUGCUCGUACUAGUCUCCUCAUGACAAAAGGUUUUAAAUGACAUGGUUAGAACAAAAUAAAGUCCUCUUUCUGCACCAUGGCUGUGAAUGACACUGGAAUGUUUGAAAUAGUAGCAUAAUUAGCAGCUACGUGACUCAGACUACAUUGUGCUAUUUUUUGUUUCGUAAUUAAAAAACAGAAAAAGACAACUCAAUAUGAAUUGUAGUGAAAUGCUUCACCUCUUUCACCCUUUCCAUCGUCUGUCCUUUUAUUUUUAUUGCAUUAGAAAACUGGGGACCUCUUCAUCUUUCUUUGUUACAUGGCCUGGGAGGAAACAAUUGUUGAAAGAUAAUGAAGAGAGAAACAAAAACCUUGCAGGCUUUUCCCUUGUUAGAAACACAGUGCCUUGUUACUUUCACACGUGGCAAAAUAAUAGAAAUCACUGCAAGCUAUUUUGUUCUGAUCACUGCAUUUGCUGCUUUUGCUUUAAUUUGGCAGAGUGGAAUAGCCAUAGAAUGAAAACAGGCAUUUGGUUUCAGCACAGCAUAGAACUGUUUCUGGGGAAUUCCAGCACCAACUUCACUGUUUUGGGGGCAUUCCAUGAAGCAUCUGUGAAAAUUAUUUGCCUUGAAAGAGGUGUGGAGUGGCUCAGUAGUCCUAAAUAUCAAUAGUCUUGGAAAGAAAAUUGGGGGCAGGGGCCGGAAACCAGAGCCAUUUUUUGUUGUCAGCAUUCAUUUUCGUGGAGAGUCUCCACUGUUGUAAUCUCUGAUCCCCUAGCUCCUGUGUUAGAUGCAAAGAUAUGUUUUUAAAAAGCCACAUUUCAGAGCUGUGUGGUCUGUGACUACCCAUAGCUCACCUUUUAGCACCUGUACCUAAAUGCCAUGCUUCAAGAGAGAGGCUGAAAUACCACAUGAGACCUGUUUCUACCAUGCCUUCAUAAUCCUGUGCUAACAUUUUUAACUAGGAGAAGUUUUGCUGUGCUUAUUCCAAAGAGUCAAUGAAAUACAUUUUGUUGGACUGAUGUAUUGCUAGUAGGUUUUUGAGUUGUACAGAAUGAUUCUUAAUGGCUCAUUGAGAGAGUUUGUGUACCUCAGAAUUGUUUGGCAUAUCAGUUGGCAUAUCAGUUAUAGUAUAUGUCCAUAGUCAUAUAUUCCAUGAAGUCAAGGUGGCAACACACCUUUUAAAUGUGCCGCGAUGUCAUCUGAUAUCAAAGGCAAAGUGAGGGGAUCCCAAGCCUUGCUCCUCAGGUCUGCAGAAAUCUAGAUGUAUUUGUGUUAAAUUGAAAAUGGUGUGUUAAUGGUUGGAUUAUUAUCUCUUUUAUGUUUGCUUUUAUAUUUGUAUGAUCCUUUAAGCAAUCCUUUGUGGGGGGGGAGUGAUGGGGAGCAAUGUUAAAAUUAUGAUAAUAAACAUAUUUGCAUCCUUCAUUUAGGAUCACCACCUACGUUUACAAAAUUACUUUUGUAUUUUAUAGUUGCUAUGUUUGAUUUUUUUUUUAUUUCAUUUUAUUUUAAAACAGUAUAACUCUUUGGGCUAUCACUGGGCUCCCAAAUAAAAACCAAAAUGAGCAAUUCAGUGUCUUGAAUUAUUGUGACAUAUUUAUAUUUGUAUAAUGCUCGUAGCUACCAUUGUUUCAUAACAGUAAACUGGCUUGAUCUAGUGCAUAGGUGCAUCCCAUAUUCUACCACCACACAUGAGAUUCUCCCAGCCCUAUUGAUCUACUACUGGUAUAUGUGUCAGGCGUGGGGGCUAUAAGUAUGGAUUGCCAUACUCAGGCAUUGAUCGGAUCAUGCAACUGAGACUUGUAAUUAGCACAACCUGUCAAAAGUCCUGACUGUAUUAAUGUCAUAAAUAUUUGAUCACAAUUUUAACAUUAAAAAAACCAACAACAGAUUUGUUAAAGAGCAUAUAUUAACUGAUCUUUAGCUGGAAUGUUGUUUGGACAGUAUACUAACAACCAAACUUAGGCGGUACUUUGGAAACAAACUGUAUCACAAAGGAACUUGCCUGGCUAGUUCAACAAUGGAAUCCUCCACUGGAUUUUAACCCAGACUAACCCCACCACCCCAAACUCACAAUAGUAUUUUUGUUUGUCAUUUUAUCUAAUAUAAUGCAUUUUUUCCUUAUUUUGUUAAUGUAUGCAAAGUCACCUCUAAUGUAUGCAUUUUUGCACAUGUCUUUUGGUUGGAGACAUCCAACUUAAAAUUUGGUGUGAAUUUAAAUGAAAACCAAAUUGAAUACCUCCCUUGUCCCUAGUUAAGAGUGUCUCCAGUGUAAGCAGUAUGUGUUAUAGGUGGCAGGGAAAUGUGCUUUCAGAUGUAUGCAACAUUCUCAGUGUGGUGCUUGAUAUGCCCUGGUGAAGCAAUUUGUCUUCGCUUAUUAUCUUAUGCACUACCAUAAGAAUUUCCAUCACCCACCAGUGUGUCUUCUUACAUUUGACAGGUGCAGAAAGAUUCAACCAGAUGUUCUCUCAUAUCACCAUUGAUAUGUAAUAUUAUGAGUUACACGAAUUACACAGGUGUGGUGACAUUGUCACGUAAUGGUGGCGUGUGUCUCCUGCAGCUGCAGAUUCUCUUCCUAGCCUCUGAAGGUGGUAGAUAAUUGCUCUUGAAGUGUUUACAUAAUCAGCAAGAAAUAAUUAAAAAGCUAGCACAGAUGCUCUUAUUUUACCACAUUUGAUUCUGAGGUUCUACUAAGGCAACCAGAGUUGUGUUUGUUGUGUGCGCAUGCAUGUAUGUUUCUCAAAAUCAGCUGUAACUCUUGAAUUUUUUCUUAGUAUUCAGCCUACACAUAAGUGUAGAUAACUUAGAAGUUGAAGUAGUGUUUGUCUACUGUGCCUACAACUGCAGAAGGUGAAGUGUUUUGACAUACGUUCUCCCAAAAACUCUGGAGGGUUUCCAAACAUUUCUUUCAUCUGUAUGUGUCUUUUUAACAAAGAAACAUGAGCAAAGACAAUUCAGAUUUCUUCUUCCCUUGUUGUUAAGGCUGUUAAUCGCCAGGGAACUUUGUCAAAACAUUUGCGGUAGAAUGGAUCUAGUGUCUUGGAGCUGGUUCAUCUUGUCACCAACCAAAUGUAAGCUUUGUGCUCUGUAUAAUUAUUGACAUAUCUGGACUGUGCAAAUGUAUGCCCAUCAUGUUCUAUCCAUGUUGUACACUGAUUUCACAUCUCUCCAUCCAAAGACAGUGGUGUUUUUUUCCAGUCCACACAUAAAGAUCCCUGUUGCGGGAAAAUAUGUGCACACAUAACAUUAAACCAUAUUUUGGUGCUAUGUGAAUGAGUCUUCAAGGACACACACUCUGCUCACGUUCCUGAGAGUUUUCCUGGCUAUGCUAUAUAGGUCCAGAGGGCUCGGGUUUCAAGCCCUCUACUUGUGUGACAUUGCUGAAUGUUCCACAUGACACUUUCAUAGUCUCUUGACUUUAAAGAGUUAAAGAAGAGUAUGCAUUUUGAAAGGGCAACCACCUGGGGAGAGGAAGGGAAGUAGGGAAAGUUUGCCACUUAACUAUUCAUCCUAGGAGCAAUUGCUACCCAACAGGUAAGAUGCAUACCUGGUUUGAUUAUAUACUACACAAGCCUAUUUGGGUUUUAUUGUUGUUUAUUGCAUAGUUUUACAAUUCUAGCAAAGUUGUGCAAUGUAAAGCUUGCAAUGGUGCAUUUCUUGAGAAUAAAAAUAAUUUUGAAAAGGGUGGCGUUUUAGUUUGGCUGAUGAAGAAAUCCUUCUCAGUGACAUAGAUGGGAAGGGGACAACUUAAACCAGAAAAAAAAAAUUGAAUUGGCUCCAGGUUGCUACUGUAUAAACACAGGCUUUGCUCAUAGUUUGACUGCAAUUAGUUCUAGCCCUAAGAACUAACCAAGAGCAAGCUUGUAGUACAAUAUGCAGUCAUUGUAAUGUUAUGUAGACAUGGCUAAUGUAAUGUGAACCCCUUAAACUUACAUAGAAAUUAUUAGUAGUAAUAAUUUUUGAUUUGACUUAAAGCAUUACAUUGCUUGACAAUGCUUUAAAAAAAUGAACACAGUCCUCUUUGAUUUCAAUGUUGGCUCAAGAUCUUAAGUCGCUGACGGUAUACAUCUGCAAGAAUUAGUGAGCCCUGCAGACAAAUAUGUUUGGAAGCAAAAUAUUGUUAAAUCAUUUCCUCAGCUGGCUAUCUGCCAAGGUGUUCUGUAUCCUUUUCUUGCAUUGAUAAACAUCAUAAAUACCUAAAUGGCUACAAAAGGCUGUUGAGAGCCAUUUACUAUUUUGGGUGUGUAUCAUGAUAAGCAGGCGCAGCAGAAAAACAAAACCACGAACUUGAGACUUUGGAAGGGAAAGCAAAAAGAGAGAGAAGUGUUUGCACAUAAGAGAAAAUGAAUUAAGAAGUAGAUAAUUAUAAAGUUUAUAUGUGCAAGGCCUUUUGGUUUUAACCCCCCCCUUUUUUUUAACCGUGAUAACGAUAUUGCAUUGUUGGACUAUGAAUUAGAGCACUCUUAACUCCUAGCCCAAAAGUGUGAUCUCUCUUCAGGCAUUAUGUCUUAAUAGAGAAUGAAAACAUGAAUGGUGGUUAUACACAUUGCUCUUUCUGCCAAUGUCCUCUCAUGCACUGGUCUCAAUGCACUUUGCCCCUGACUUAACCGCAUCUCAAGAAGCAUUUUACAUAUGUACAAGUGAAUACCAGGCUUCCACUCCACAGUUCGUAUACAUUUGGCUAGGAGUCACAUUUUGACAAUUCCUGUGUUGUGAGACAAUUUUUUGAGGCAACAUUUACUGAUCUGUUGUAGGUCAUAGCUGUCAAGUGUCCCUUAUUUGAAGGGACAGUCCCUUAUUCCAGCGCCAUGUCCCGUUGCUGUCCCUUAUUGAUGGAUGUCCCUUAAAUGUCCCUUAAAUGAUGUCCCUUAAAUUUCAAAGGAAGCAGCUCCUCUCCCUCCCUCCCUGCCGGCCAGGGAGGAGGGAGGCUCCAACUGUGUUGCUUGGCUGUGUUGCUCACCCAAUAAGAAGUCUAAGAACGACUGGGGGGUGGAGCUUGCAUGCCUCGUGUGUGGCUAGUUAAUGCAAGCUGAGGGGGUUUUUGAAUGCUGGACACCAUUUUGUUGCACGUGCUGCUGCAAACUUUGCAGUGCAAAGCCAGGCCAGGGAGCCAUCUUAAGUCGAGGCUGCAUAGGCUUGUAGUGCAUGUGAUUCAGAUUCUAUUCAGUUGAACCUCUGGUUACAAAGUUGGUUGGACAGUGUUCUCGAAGCUACCAGCAUGAGUUUGACCAGACUGCAGGAGGACAGGAAGACUGGAGUGCCUGGAACAGGUGAGGCUGCAGGUCCCUUAUUUUGGCUUCUGGUCCCUUAUUUUCAAGGCUGCUGGUCCCUUAUUUUCAAAUCUGUAAGUUGACAGCUAUGGUUGUAGGUAGAAUCAUAGAAUCAUGGCAUUGUAGAGUUGGAAGGGAUCCUGAUUAUCAUCUAGUCCAUGGGUCGACAGACUAAGGCCGGAUCAGGCCCAAUUGCCUUCUGAACCCAGCCCAUGGAUGGUCCGGGAAUCGCCGCGUGGAUCGCCAUCACGCAUGUUCUUUCCCUCUCCCUUCCUCUCCCUCACAAAGUGGCGGCUGCGGCGCCUCCUCCUCCUCCCUCCCUCCUCCUGGCUUCUGCCUGCCCUGCCUAGAGGAAGAAUGGGGCUGGGCUUUGUUGGUGCCAGCAGCAGCAGCGCUUGAGCGGCCGCCAUUUUAAGCAGCCCCUCUCUGGAGCCUUUUCGCGGGCCACUCAUCAUCUUGCCACCGCCGCCAGCUCCUGCUGCUCGCAAGACACAGAUAAGCAGCCACUGGGGCUCGUGGUGCUCUUGCAUCACCCCCCCAAAAAAAUAUAGUCCGGACCCCCACAAGGUCUGAGGGACAGUGGACCAGCCCCCUGCUGAAAAAGUUUGCUGACCCCUGAUCUAGUCCAGCCCCCUGCAAUGCAGCUGUCCCAUUCAGGGAUUGAACCUGCAACCUUGGUAUUAUAAGCACCCCACUCUAACCAAAAGAAGUAGCUGCACAGGAGCUCUUCUGCUGCUAUUUGUUCUGUUGCCAUAUGUCCUGGCUCUGAUCCUACAAGGAAGGAUGGAUGAUGAUUGUGAGGUCGGCAGUAUAAAUGAGUGAAGUUGAUCCGCAGUGUUGUGAGGGGCAGUGUUCUAGAUUAUAUUCUAUGGUGCUAGGUCACUUGAGUUUGUGCUUUGCGGCUCCUUAUCCCUUUUCUGCUUUGUGGAAGACACAGCUGCAGCAGUUUUGAAUACGUUGGGUUUGUCAAGCCUGUAAGCAAUUUACCCAUAUUGCAGGAAAUGGAGUGAAGGUGACUGUGUGUUUGAAUGCUCGGCAUCUCUUAGGGCAUCAAUAUAUUCUGUGGUGCAUGGUGGUAGGUAACUUGAGUUUGUGCUUUGUGGCUCCUUAUCCCUUUUCUCCUUUUUGGAAGACACAGUCUCAGCCUUUUGAGUAUGAUAUGUUCUUAAGCCUGUAAGCAGUUUACCCAUAUUGCAGGAAUUGGGGUGGAAGUGACUGUGUGUUUGGAUGUUCUGCAUGUCUUAGGGUGUGAAUUAAAGCAAUUGAGUCCUCCCUUGACACAUAAUCUUCCUCUACCUGGUGAGUCUUCAUCUUUGCUUACUUGUGGUGGUGGUGGUGAGGUCCUUCGUCCUUGUAAUCUUGGUUGUGGAGCAGAAAGGAAUUGAGGCUUCUUGUGGAUAUUUGUAUCUGGCACAAUGAAGUCAGAAUGGACCAGUAAUGUAAAACCAUAGUUUGGUGCUACAGUAAUAAACAGCAGUGAGUUGUGAGCAUGCACAACCACCUCAUCCUCUGAUGUGGCCACAAAAAGUUUGAUAAUUUUUGUUUCUGUUUUAGAUUAACAAACACUUGCUCUGUCAUCCAAACCUGGAAAAACUGUGAUUAGUCUUCACAAUGCUUAAUUGAAACAACCGAACUUUAAACUAUAGUUUAUGAAGCUGAUUUCCCCCCCCCCCCCAAACCAGUGCCAGAUUUAGGUAUAAGCUAAACAAGCUAUAGCUUAGGGCCCCACUCUCUUGGGGCCUCCCAAAAAAUGUAAAGGAAAAAACUGGAUGUACAUUUCCAAAAUAUAAGAGAAAAAAAUAAAUUACCAUAUAGCAUAUAUUCAACACAAAAAACGACAAUUUGUUGUUGACAAAGGACAGCUGGACAUUUAAAGGACCCCGUUACCUUCAGUAGUUUAGGGCCUCAUCAAACCUAAAUCUGGCCCUGCCCCCAACUAACGCUAAUUAAGGCUUUGGAUAACACAUUGAAAGGUGGGUAUUAGAAGCAGAAGCUUCCAAUAACCUCCUCAUGGCCACACCAUAGUUUAGCAUUAAAUCUGGCACAUCUUAAUGCAUUCUAUCCGUAGGGGAUGAUUUGCAACCUCACCUCAAAUAACAGCUUCAUAUUCUGCUUUAGAGGCAAUGUUUGGUUAAUGCAAACCAUAGUUUGCCUAACUUGGUCAGAGUGACUGCAAACUGUGGAAGGAAAAAAUGGUGUGGAGAUCAAAUUUCAUGAUGAUUUGGUUGAGGCAACAAUUAAAGAGUGAUGGAAAGGUAGGCCUCUGAAUUAUGAGCAAAGUGAGAAUUUUCAUCUGCAUUAAACUUUGUAGUUUCAGAACCUGUGUGCUGAUUUAUUAUAAUUGGUAUUCUGGGGCUAGAAAGUAUGAUUAGGAGUUCCUUGGUUUGACUCUUUAUUCUGUGAUGAGCUCACUAGGAGGCGUUUCUCUCAGUCCCUCAAUGUGCAAUGUACUGACUUACAGGGUCAUUGUAAGGAUUUCCACUAGAUAACUCAUGUAAAGUGCUUUGUGCACUUGAAAGUACUACGGAAAAGCUCAAUAUCAUUAGGAAUUAUUUCUAAUGUACCUUACAAAAUUAUUGUGGCAUCUGUAAUAAUGCUAAUGGCUUGCUUUUGAAUUGAAAAAACAAGAUUCAGAUUUAAGGCCAAAAAAUAAUAAUGGAUAGGCUUAUAAUAAAAUAGAUACUUGCUGUAAAUCCCACUUUGUGGCAACAAAUCAUCUGUGCUUUGCUUCUUUGGGUGGUGAUGUCACCAAAAGUUCUCCAGAGUUUUCAUUAACCUAACUUUUCCCUGAGGUUUUCUUGGGAUAUGUUGCUCUUAAAUGUCCUAGAAUCUCUUGGGACUAGACACGUUCCUUGUUUUGCUGUGCUGCUUUCUCAAGUGGCUGCUCUGUGCCUUCUUGCUUCUUUUGAUUUGGUCCGCCUCUUUGUGCUGGCAGGCAAUCAAACCAGUGUAAUUUACUACAGUUCUGCUCCACCAAAUUUUGGAAGACAAGAGGGCUGAAAAUGUAGUCUGACUUGCCAGAAUACAAGGUAUAUUCCCCUGGUGUUUGUGCCUUUUAUAGCUCAUCGCUGUCACCCAGUGUACCUUUCGUGGGUUUCUUCAGCUGAGUGAGCAGGCUAGACUGCCUGGGAUUCAGAUAGCAAUGGGUAGAUCAAAUAUUACAGGCUGAUCAUUUGUAGAUAGAGAAUGCAAGAAUAACCUUGCCUAUAAAAUACUCAGCUUUUCUUUGUGCAUUUGGAAAGUGUUUGUAAGGGAGAUGGCUAGCAAAAGGGACGCGGGUGGCGCUGUGGGUAAAACCUCAGCGCCUAGGCCUUGCCGAUCGCAUGGUCGGCAGUUCGAAUCCCCGCGGCGGGGUGCGCUCCUGUUGUUCGGUCCCAGCGCCUGCCAACCUAGCAGUUUGAAAGCACCCCCAGGUGCAAGUAGAUAAAUAGGGACCGCUUACCAGCGGGAAGGUAAACGGCGUUUCCGUGUGCUGCGCUGGCUUGCCAGAUGCAGCUUGUCACGCUGGCCAUGUGACCCGGAAGUGUCUGCGGACAGCGCUGGCUCCCGGCCUCUAGAGUGAGAUGAGCACACAACCCUAGAGUCUAAGACCUUUACCUUUACCUGGCUAGCAAAAGACAAAACUGAAUGUCUUUGGACUAAAGAGGAGAUGCACAGAAUAAUAAUAAUCCUGCAAACGGUUUUUUUUUUAUGAAAACAAAGACCACCACAGCCAACCACAAAUGAACAGCCACACCCUAGGCCUACUCCAACCUCUCUCACCACCAAAGGAACACAAGUGAACAGCAGAGAACCUGCACAAGCAACACUGAUGAGACUAUCACAAAUAUAGAAUUAUAGAAAUAUUUUACCUCUUUUUGUGUGUGUAGGGAAAAGGCUGGUUGGAAUUGUACCCUGAAUGCCCCAGAGAUAGCCAGCACUUUCGCUGACAAUCAGACAGUAGUCAUAGGAAAUACCUCCUGAUGUUUUUUAUCACAGAAAAGAUUGAAUGAAUCAAACUUCGUAAAAUAGAAGAGUAAACUAGCUCAUAUGUGAGCUAUGAGGGAAAUAAGGUAAAUAUGUAGACUUUAUGAGCAGAUGAUAUGUAAUACACAAUAGCAGGCGGCUUUGGGAGCCAGUGUGGCACAGUUAACAGAGUGUUGGCUUUGGACUGGAAAGACUGAUUUCAAGAAUUCAUAUGAUGGUGUUUGGGACCGGACCUGCCAUGGUAUGGGCCUCUGGUUCCCCUCCUACAUGGAUGUCUACAGACAUUACACUCACUCUUAUUCCCUUUCUCUCUGUACCUACCUACCUACACACACACACACACACACACACACACACACACGUCAGCUGGACAGCAGGGAAAGGGCCUGUGGGGUAUAAGGAAGUCACCCUCUGGCUAUAUGCAGGGCUCAGGUGGUUGAUAUGCACUGUAUGUGGACUUGGAUAAGUCACUAUCUCUCAACUAAACCUAACUUUCAGGGGUGUUAUGAGGAUACAUGCCACUGACCUCCUUGGAAGUAGGACAAGUUGCACAUCUGAUAAACAAAUGUACAUAUAGAGAAAGGGAGAACUAUUUUCUGGUUAAAGUAGGUAUGACUUGGAGCAUGUUACAUUAUCAGUGCACAUGGCUUAAAUUAUUUUAAUAUUUUCAGUCUGUUACAGGUUGUUUUCAUGGGUUGCUUGUACCCGAGUAAGCAAAUCGGCACAAUCUCGGUAACAUAUUAUUGAUUUUAAUUGCAUUUUACUGUACUGAGGUUUGAUAUUUAUGUUUUAAUGUGAUAUUUCACAUAACAGAAAUAUAAUAAAAGUAUGCUUCUGUAUAAAUACUAAACCUAUACAGAUACUCAUAUUUUAUGCAAAGCAUGCAAAUUUGUUAUGUAAAGGCAUUGCAUAAUUCUUACUCCAGUAUGACUUUUAUGCACCCUUUUCUUCCUUACCUCAUUUGUGAAAGUGGCAGAUGAACUGGGCUGUACCAUGUUGAACUGAAUGCAGUAUCUCCUGACCAGUGCAUUAUAGCCCUCUUUCAGAGAUACUGCUUUCAAAUGCAGAUCCCCCCAUUCCAGUUCAUUCAGCUUUGUAGGAUGGAUGAGAGGAAUGCAAGAGCCCAAGUAACCUGUGUCAUAUCCAUUUGGUUAAUACCCACAACUCAUUUUUCAUUAUUAAAUAUGAUAGUGUUGCAAUUCAAAGUUAUCCUAUCUAUGGUUUGUACCCACAUUUAAUGGCCCAUCUAGACACAAUUAUCCUUCUCUGUUGAAUAUGUUAUUGGAAUCUUUAAUUCCAACUCAAGUAUAUUACUCAGUGAGUGGAAUUGGCUCUUGCAAUAACUAGUAGCCUGAAUUGGCAGCAAAUUACAUUUAUACCAAAAUGAUGGUUUUACAUGGGAUUCUUACUACGCAUCUGAAUUAUGCUGCUUAGAGUUAUAAUUGAGGCUGUCAUGCUAUGGCAUAAUUGCAUAGCAGUAGCAUUGAACAAUGUUUUAAGAGUACGUGGACAGAAUGUGUUGUGAUUUCAGAAUAAGGGCAUGCAAUUCUUUGACAGACUAAUUUGAUUUUUUCAUAGUAUCUAGUGGCUUUAAAAUUUCAGAGUAAAUAUUAUACUGCCUUUGCUUGGAGUUAACAGUGUGAUAGGAGUUGUGUCUUACACAAAUAUUUAUCUAUGAAUUAUCAGAACCUGCAUUAUCAGAGGCUGAUUAUAUAGAUGCAUGUCACAAAGGGGUCUAUAAUAUGAAAUUAUGUAAGGGCCUGGUUAUUCCAGUGUUCAGUCCUCAUGGUGAUUCGACUGAAUGAAAUCACUAAAGUGUAGUCCAUCUGAGUCACAGUUGUGUGCUUCUUGGAUCCACUGGUUUCAGUGGAAAACACCCAUUAACAGCAGUGGAAGUUUGGCUGAAUUGUGACCUCAUGCAUACUUCAUAACUCAGUUCUCAGAACACGGGAUUAGGGAAUUAUUUAUGCCCUUCUUGGAAGAUUUCUUUACCAAGUAGGCAAAGAUCUAGCUACAUAUUACCUACUUUGCAUGAUUUCCAUUUGCAUUGCUCACAAAGUUCUGCCUUACAUUGUAUUCAUGAGUUCCUGUAUCAAAAGGGACAUUUAUUUUGUCUCUGUCUUCAGCCUUUUCCUACACAAUGCAUAGGUGUGGUUUGCUUGCCAGGCUUUGGAUGGCUUUAAAAGGAUUUUUGUGCAUGCCUAUGUGCUACUGGAAUUGUUUGAGGGACCAUUGAACAAACAACAAGCUAGAAAAUAGGCGUGCCAUGCCACCUAGCAUUUGUUUGGUCACCUGUGGCAAGGAACAUCCAGUUCUAGGUUGCCAGACACCUCCCCACUGAUGCAGGGCUGGCGCCUCACACAGGGCUGCCAUAGAACAACACUGUGUUUACACAGGAGUGACUUGGGAUGACUGCAUUUCAGAAUUGUCAUGGCACAAUCCUCUGCAUGUUUGCUUGGAGGUGUGUCCCGCUGUGGUCAUUGGGCUUAUUCCAGAAAUGUGUAUAGGAUUACUGUCUCUUUUGACUAGCCUUAGAGCUACUUCCUCUUAAGAACAAGCUGUGUGUGCCCUGCCUUAUAGCUGGCUCACUCCCCUUCCUAGUUCAAGGAAUACCCUUCCACAGCCUAUUGCCCUUCAGCUAUGCUGAUGUAGUCCAGAACAUCUGGAGGGGGUAUUAAGAUGAACAAGGCUGUUGUAGCGAUUGUCUUAAGUGGGCUCUACUCUUGUUGUUGGUCCUGGUCAGGCUCACAGAUUGUAGCCGCAGCAGCAAUUUCCUAUUGGUGGAAAGGGUAUGUGUGUGGUCAUGUACAUCUAAUACAGGUGACUUGCAUGGAUACACAGGAAGGCAGUAGAUUUAAUGUGUGAAUCUUACACUAAGUGGAUACUGGACAAAAUUGUCAGAUUUCCAUUAAGGCUAGUAAUAUCCACUAAGUGUGGAGGAGGGUUUGUGUGCUUUAAACCAACAUAUCUUUUAUAAAUGCCUACUGAAUUAUGGAGUAACAUUCCUGAACCAAGCAGGAAAAUAAAUAGUUCAAUUCACGAAAUAAUAGGAAUGGGAAAAUGCAAAUAGACAAGAAUACAAUUGACCACAAGCACUAAUUACAACUGCAGUAGUUGUCAGAUGUAUGCUUUCAGAAGCUCAUUGUUUUUUAGCCAUUGUAUUCCCUCCGCUCCGCUCCCCUUUUCUGUAUUUUUAGACAUAAUCCAUUAAUACCUUUAGUCAUAUUCUCUCCUAUUCUUUUUACUACACAGGGAAUAUAUAUUUAACAUUUUUAAAAUGCAUAUUCCAUACCAGCAGUAGAAUGAGCCAUUACUGCCAUGCAGUUCUAGGCCUGAAUUUUUCUCCCUCUGUUUUUGAGCAAUAGCUGAAGAAUUGACAAUUCUUCACACUACAAUAAGCACCAAUUGCUUUGUGUGGUACCAUUGCUUUAGUUAGACUCAGUUGGAAUAAGCACUCAGUGCAGCAAGCCUGCAACUGUGAAGGCAAUAGGUUGAUGACUGAACAUGAUUUAUACAGUCCUCUGGGUCAUGUUAUCUUCUAAGUGCAUGUGACAUUAUGCCAUUCCUAAUGGUAUCUAAUGACCUUGCGCUCUGUACACUCUCUGCCUUGUAAUCUGAAUUCAUUUGUCAUUUUGUAGGCUUCUGAAUUUACAGGAAUGUCAUUCACAACAAAAAUAACACAAAUAUUGUGGAUGCCUGGGAAGUUUCUGCUUUAUAGUUAAACCAAACCCCCCCCCCACAUUUUUUAAAGAGGAGGAGGAUUUGAUUUAAUAUUGACAAAGAGUAGUGGAGCUUGUAAUCUUAAAGGUAUGUGUCUGGGUGUAGAGAAAGCAAAAUUCUCAAAGCAACCAGAUGAUUUUAAGGGGUGGUUUUUGUCCAAGUCUUAACACCUCUUCUGCCAACAAAAACAAUACAGUACCUGGGAGAGAAACUGCCGUAGGGGUGGAGAGUGUGAACUGCCAACGUCAAUGCAGUGCAGUGAACUUCUAGAUUACACUGGUGUUGCUGAAAAGUUCCACCUGUGUUGCAGACAGGUAUGUGGGAGCAAAUAUUUAAGACUGGAGUGCUAGUUCUGAAACCUCGUUACUAUGAGCCCAAGCGUGACAAAGCCGCAGGUGACAGAUUGCUGGAUACUUAGGUACCAGCCGUAUAUAACCAGUGGAACUCCUUGGGACUUACUUCUGAGUAGAUGCAUACAGGGUUAUACUGUUGAUGUGCCUACUGCUAGCUGAGCAGUUUCCAGGCUGCAGUUCAGCUGCUUAUUAAGAAUGUCCUUAUUUCUGAAUCUUGAAUGACCUACUUUCCAAUAUAACUUAAGCUGAUUUUACAACCUGCUCCUAGAUGGCGUUGGCUUAUACCCAAAUUCUUCUGUGUAGAGCUAAGAAUGUCUGUAUGGUAUUCUGGUUGGCCACUAGGAUAGCUGCCAGUGUAAUCUAGAAGUAAACAUUGUAAAGGGGGAGCGGGAGGGAGAGCAGGAAAUCGCCACCCCUUCUCUUUUUCUCUUCAUCUAGUCAUUGCCACCACAGCUGUACAUACCAAGUCCCAGCACCACUGCCCUUCAUGGAAAAGGCCUGAAUGCCAAUAAAAGCAGACUCUGAAGUUGCAAUUAUGGACUGGCCAGGGUUAAGGGUGACUGGGAGUCCUUUGAAGGGUCAGGUCUAUAGGCUUCUUUGGGCUGGAUGUGACCCAGAGGCCAUUAGCUGCUGACCUCUUAACUAUAACAUCAGUAGAUAAAAGGCUUUAUCUUGCAUCUUAUGAACUAAAGAAGAGCAGGACUGUACAUCAUGUUAGGGUACUUCAUUCUUUCUAUGGCCAUUCCUUGUACUAAUAUUUGCAUUUGCAUUUCUGCUAUUUAUAAACAGAUUCCUCGUAUUUAUAUGCCAGAAAUAGCUACAAUUUGGCUGAGCUCCAGUGUCCCUAGAGCUAGAAAGCAGCAUGGGGUUUUUUUCGAUAUUGAAUGAUAGACUACUCCCAGGGGACAGGAACCCCCAAAACUUCUACAUCCAUAUUCCUAAUACAGAAACUAAAGGAAGAGGUGUGGGCUUGUGCUGCUUAUCUUACAGCUUCUGGCUAUAAGGCUUCUCUGUGUUCUUGCAGGUGAGGGUUAGAAUGGAGUUAAUCAUAUGAGUGCCUCUCAUGGGAUGACUACAUACCGUCUGAAAGCUGUGAGGUUGUAGCUUCCAACCUAAUAGUCUUUAGUUUGCUUAUUCCCCUGCUCCCUUUAUAACACAGCCUAGAACCAAUAUGCCCUCUUGGAUGCAAUAAAGUACCCACUGAAUAUGCCUUAAAUAAUGCUAAUUGUUUCCCCUGUUCUCCUCCCUUUUAAUGAACUCUGUGCACAGUAUCUGCAGGCCAAAUGUACCCUUUGAACUUGAAAGAGAGGUAGUAUAAAAAAGGAAACCACCUCCCUUCCGAUAUCUUGACAGAGCAGUUUCUAAAUAAUUACAGUCCUUGUGAUGUCCAGAACAAGUUUAACAAUGAAGCACAUGGGUGACUUUGCUUAUAUUUCCUGAUACCUUUUGGGACAUUUGUAGUUUACAAAGUUACACUCCACUUAAUUCUUUUCUUUCCAUUUGCCUGGCAUAAUUCUUUUAGCGAGUUAGAGUUCUAAAGGAAUUUUUCCUGCUGUCGGAGGUGUUCAUAACCUCUAAUUUGCUUGCCACGCCUUUUGCAAAGAACAGCAAGAGCUCAAGCAGAUGGCAAGGAGCCACAGAACUGUCAAGCACUUUGUUGCAGAGGAAUGUUGAGCAUUGCCUCCUGUGUCUCACUGCAUUUGAUGGAUAUAAGACAAGAGUGAGCUGUUUUGCAAAUAAGCCAAACACUCCAUAGCCAUCCGCUCAAGCAGCACUCUGAAAAGCUGGACUGCCAACAAGGCAUAAAGACUUACCAAAAUGGGAAAGGUAGUCUUUGUAUGGGCAAAUGAAAGGCGAGGAGAUAUUCUCUCACUCAUUUGCAGGCGGUCUGGUAGAUAUGGAAACAUUUAAGACCCAAACAGCAAGUUGCUGCUCUUCAGCUUGUUAAUUACAACAUUCAGUUCACUUUCCGUUUGUCUUGCAGUAGGGAAUGACACCUUUAGAUUUAUUAUUGCGUGGGCCCUGUGUUACUAUUAAAUAGCUUCCCUUUUUCAAAAAUAAUGAGUGCAUGAAGCAUGUGAAUACCUUUCCCCCAAAACUUCAGAGAGGUGCAUCACGUGUUCCUGACCUUAUUUCUCAAAGGAAUUUUAAACAGGGGAAAAUAGGAGUACUAAUUAGUGCCUCAUUAAAUACUUUUAGUCAAGUAUGGUAAUUUUCUUGAAAAGAUAAUGUAGUCGGUGAAUAAAAGUAUACUCCAUUAAAUAAGUGAAUGCAUACUCUCUUUUUUAGCCAUCAAGGUUUAUCUUAUAUUUGUAUGUGAGAGAGAGUUAAUGUUAUUAUAGAAUAGCAUACUUAAUCUAAAGCAGCGCUCUGAAGCUGUUUCUGUUUUAGCUGAUUUGACAGAAGGCAAACACAUUCACUGUUUCUAUUGCUAGUUUAUAAUGCUGGCCCUAUGUUAGUUUUUCUGUCGUUCCUUUUCUCAGUACAUGGUACACUUGGUAUAACACCUCUUAUGUAUGUAGAAGUGCUUAGCUGCAACCAGUCCUAUGAUACUAAUAUAUUAAGUAGAAUUCUUGAAGACUAUAUGGUGCAAUUAAAAAAUAAUAAUAGUGGACCACAUAAUUGCAUAUGCACUCCACUAUUUUCUGUUUCCAGAUACUGGCAGAAUCACAACUAUAAAUGUUUUGGGCAGUUUGGGACUUCCAGUUACCUAAUUUUUAUAUUUGUAUCCCACUCUUUCUCCAAAUAGUUCAUUUUUAUCAUGUAUUUUUCUGCCCACUUUCCUCCAAGGAGCUCAAGGUGGCGUACAGGGUUCUCACCCUCCCCAGUUUAUCCUCACAAGAAUCCUGUGAGGUAGGUUAGCCUGAGAGGCAGUGAAUGGCCCAAGGUCACCCAGUGAGCUUCAUGGUUGAGUAGGGAUUUGAACCCUGAUCUUUGAGAUGCUAGUCCAGCACUCUAACCAUUACAUCACACUGGCUCUAACACAGUUCAAAACUGCAUAUAUUGGGUAAUCAUAUUCCACAACAACCAUGUGAUACAGGUCUGGUUGGGAGAGUCUAAAGACUACCAAAUUAACUUGCUGAUCGUAAUAUUUUCAAACUUACUAUUCAGCCCAGUAUCUCUUAUGCUGGCUCUGAUGCAUGAAACCCACAAACCACAAUGAAACGGCGGCAAUUUCUGUCCUGUGAUCCCUAAUAGUCUAAGCAGCAGGUAGGAUAGCAACACAAGUGACACGGUCGAAGUUUGGGAUAUUUGCUCCCAAUUUUUCACAACUUGGUACUAUGGGGUAUGCUGUUGCUAUUCUGCGCUUUUCCAACUUCUUUGCUGAAUCAUAAAACAAGCAAACCCACACCACAUUUGCUGCUUCACUGAAGCAAGAGAGAAGCAUUAUUUUUGAAGAAGACAUACUGAUUGUAAAUUUGUACAGGCUGGAAGGGCAAUUGGAAAGGUGUCAGUAGCAAUAACUGAUAAGAACUCAAACUGGCAAUUUUUCCUCGAUAAAAAAUCUUUUGUUGCAAAAAGCACUGCUUAAACUGUUGAACAGUUGUGGUAACUGGAAAGGGCUGUGCUGUAUAAUAGAAACCGUUUAGUAUUCUGAUAAAGUCAGUUUGGGUCCAGCUCUUUGUUUUGUGAGGCCUUUUUAAUUUCCUGCACUAAAAUGCUCUCAUGGUAACAGUGGACAGACCAGGUUCAGCCUUAAGUUCUGCAGAGUGCCCAGCAAAAUAUCCCUUAUUCUUCUCUUCAUUGAUAAAGCUUCACAAAGAGGAAUCUAGAACGAAGCAAACAUGGGAGACUGUGCAAACUGCAGUCUUGUGGCUCAACGAAAAACGAAUUCCCUAUGAAUUAUAUUGCAUCUGUUGAGACAACAACUGGAUUAAGCUUAAGGAAAUUUCAUGAUUAUUUGGUGAAUGUAUAAAUAGCUGUGUGACAAACCAGAAUGAAAAAAAAACAUGACUUGAAAUGAGAUGGUUUGUGAUCAGUGUGGUGAGGCAUAAUAUCUAAAGUAGCAAAUCAUAGUUAUGGCCAUUGCUCUAGCCUCAGAGGCUGCUGCAUAAUGGAGAUGGAAGUCAGUUUAUGAAGUGGAAUGCAUAGAGGACAAAAAACUAAAACAGGCAAGCUCUAAACCAUGGUUUGGGUUAUAAAUUUAGUUCUGGUAUGAUAUCUGAAUUAAGCUGCUGUCUUGGAUGUCGUUUUUUCAUAGGCAUUUAGCAGGGGCCCUUUCAUUGUCAGUGUAGCAAAUAUUUUGUCCAUUGUUGGUUUCCUGAAUGUUCUCUGGAAAAGGAUGUUGAAGAAUCUAUCUCUCCCCCCUUCCUAUGGAUGUGUGCUAUUUGACUUCAGGAAUUUCAGAUGAUGGCAGAAACUGGAAGGAUGCAAACAAAAGUGUUUACUCUAAACAGUGGUGGAGAAUCUGUGGCCCUCAUGCAUUUUGUUACUCGGGUGCACUUACACAAAUGGUAUGUUGCAUAGGCAGGUAAUGCACACUUAUUCUUAGAUGUUGGAAAUGGGAUUGGUAAAGGACAAUAUUAAAUGGGUGAAUAUUCUAGUUGGUCCUAAUGGAAAUGGUUGCUAAAUAUUUCUGCAGCUUACAUUUCCCUUCUCACAAAUGCUGUGCCCUGUAACUAAUCUUAAGCCACACUUUCCCCCUCUGUUUCAUUUAGACUUUCUCUCUUGCUGUUGGUGAGUGAUAAGAGGGUAGGUAGGGAACCUAGCAUGAGCUAAGCAUGGGAGCUGCCUCCAUAGUUGGAGGAGAACAAAACAUCUAUCAGAAAAGUCUCCUUAGGGCUGAGGUAGGGAACUUUUCUCAGCUUUCGAGUUGCAUUCCUUUAUGAGCCAGGACUGGGACAAGCUGAGCAGGGGCCCCGAGGAACUUCCAGGGUGAAUCUCUCUUCUCCCCACAUGUCCUUCCUAUUAAAGGGGGGUGCGUCCCAUUUAAGCGAUUUCACUUACACGCGCAGGGACCUGGAACAUAACCUCUGCAUAUGGAGUAGGCAAUUUUGGGAAAGCAGUUCAGGAGCAAAAGGCCUGAAGAUGGGUUGUACAUUAGUUCAUAUUAUUUUGGUUUGUUCUUUGGUGUAUUUAGAAAAUACACAUACAUUUCGUAUUACAUUGUCAGCUGUUCAUCUCUCAGUGAUUUUAAAUGGUGCCUUCGUGUGAUCCCAAGAAAAGGAAAGAAAAUAAUAGGAAAUGGAGCAUGGGUAUCCAAAAAUAUUUCUGUCGUAGGGGGGAAAUAGUGCUCUGUUUCUUACAAGAAAAUAAUAUGAAUGUGGAACCUUAAUUAGGUUCGCUAUAGGAAUGACUUGUGAAGUGUGUACCAGGUGUUAUCAGGGCAUGGCCCAGGAAAAAGAGCCAACUUGUGUACAUACUUCUUCAGCAGUCAGUAAAUUUGUAAUCAGUUCUGCAUCUAAUUUAUGAUGUUAUUCCUCCAUAUAACCAACUAGUGAGAAGAUAGAAUGUGCAUUUCCAUGCUGAUUUGUAUUCUUAUGAUGUUAACAGGUCCAGAAGCAGUGUUUCCACCUUUUGUCACUUCCAGGUUCCUUGGCAUUUUGGAGAAAAUGCAUCCCGACCCACAUGUCUGGCCCAUUUCUUCUUAAACUUUAUCCCUUUUAGAUUCUACUGGUAAUAACGAAAUGCUAUCGAGUCUCUGUUGGUUCAGUAAUGCUUUCCAAGGUGUAUGUUUGCUUGUAACUUUUCAUCAGAGGCUUGUAAAUAGCAAUGUUCUGGUUGCCUGUGGUAAAUAAUUGUCUAAAAGUUGACUAGGCAAGUAAGCUUUUUAAAAAAAUUAUUGGAGAGGCAGGCACAAAUGUGGAAACGUGUAAUCCUGCAGACUAGUGCAAUUUUUUGUGGGAUAGUAAUGAUAGUUGCCAUAUUUGUAAGUAUAUCUUACGUUCUUGUGUAGUUCUAGAUAAUGCCUGAACUAAAAGCACUGAUAGAGGCUGGCUAAAUUCAUUUACAUAUCUCUUCAUAAUAUGUUUGCCUUGUCAGCCAUGUAGUUCUUAACAGAAAAAUAAUACUUUAAAAGACAUAUUCAUCCUGGUGAAUUUUGAAAUUAUUAACUGUAAUAGGGGUGUUUUUUUUAGUCUAUUUGUUGCUGUUUUCUCCAGUGUUUGAACUCAGAUGCACUCCCUAUCUUCUCAUUGCUCACUUAGUACUCUGAUAGAGCUAAUUCCAGGAUAACAAUACCUUUUACAGACUUAAACUGUAGCUAUUUUAAUUCUAAAGUGCCACAAAGCCCUUUACUAGCUUUGGCUAUGAGCCUGCUGGGAGUGAUGUGAGAUUCAUUGGCAUUUCAAUUGAAGAAGGAUUAAAGUGUUUCCUGCAGGAUCUGGACCUUAACUGAUUUAAAACUGGCAAUGCAGUAUGGUAGGCAAAACUCUGUGUUUGAGAGUGUGUGUAUACCCUUGGAAUAUGAACCAUGCAGAGUAUUGAUGUAGAGUUGAUUGAAAGGAAAAAUGGUGCGAACUACAAAGAACAGCUGGUAGAAAUGAAAAGUUGGUAAAUAUGUUGUUCCAUUUGGCAGGCAAGGUAUCAUUCCCUAAAGAAUCCAUAGCUUCAAUCCAAAAAGCACAUUUAGUUGUACACAUGUGCACCAGGAUUUGAUCCUUGCUGUGACACAAAAGCCACAGCUAAGGCGUCCUUGAGCCUAGAGGCAUUUGUUGGGUGGUUGCUUCACCCAACUCUGCUGAUUUAUUUAUUUAUUAUUUGUAAAAACAUUUCUAUACUGCCAUAUUGCCAAGGCAGUGAACACUAUAAACCACAAUUUGAAACAACAACAGAUAAUAAUAAUUAAGGUGACUGGGUCAUCAAACGUUAGCUGCAAAGGCUUUACAGCAGAGCUUUCCAAACUGUGUGUCACAACACUCUGGUGUGUCGGCUGCAGUGUGUAGGUGUAUCGCGCAAACACUCCCUGUGCUCCUCCCGGGGUUGGAAAGGGGUUAGUUAACCUCUGGUUUGCUAGUAAAACUGAAUUACUGUGUUGGAAAAUGAUGUAUGUCUAAAAAGUGUGUCAACCAACAUGAAAAGUUUGGAAAGCUCUUCUUUACAGUUUGACUUUCUGGAUUGGAGCACAUAUGUAUUGAGUAUAUGUGGAUGUGUAAAGCAUGUGCAUUGACCUUCCAAUUCUUGCUCUUCUUGUGAAUAGUUGCUAGAAUAUGUUAAUGUGAUGUUAGCUAUUUCACAUGAACAGUCAACAGUGGCUUGAUCCAAUAGUUUCUCAUGUUAUGUUUGUGCAUACUGUUGUAUUCCAUUAUUGCCACAUCUAAAAUGUUGGUGAGAGUGUUUCAGAUCCUUGUCAAUUUUGUGAUUUGGUUAACAUCUGGCCUUAAAUAAACAAGGCUAGUCUUUCAUGAAUUGCUUUAUGGUAUGAGGAUUUGCCUGAUAAGUUGUCUUGUGGUUCUUUCUGACUCAUCUCUUUUGUCUGGGAAAUGAAGUUUGGGAGUUGGCUGUUUCAUCACUUUCAGAUCAAGUAUGAAAGAGUUAUUCUCACCACCCCUUAUUGGUGUAGAGCCAUAUGCAUCCUAUAGAGGUGGCAGCUAGCCUGGGGAAAAGAAGAAUUCUUACCAGACAAGCUGAGUUGUUUUGUUUCCAGGGAGUAAAGAGGUGAAUUAUAACUUUCCAGCAUUGCUUUUAAUUGUCUCAACACUGUGGAUACCGUGUUCAAAAUGGACAUAUUUUCCUUCCAGCUUUCCUUGACUUGGGCACCAGAGUAGUGUAAUGGUUAGAAAGUUGGACUAGUAGGACCUGACAAACUAGGGUACAAAUCACCACUGAGUUCUGAAGCCCACUGGGUGACUUUGGAUCAUCGUCUCUCAGCCUAAUCGGCUUCACAGGGCUGUUGUACGGGGAGUCACAUAAUUGCCAUCCUGAGCUUCUUAAAGGAAAGGUGAGGUGCAAAUGUUUUCAUUAAUGAACAGCUAUCCAUAUAACAAGAGUCUGUAGCAUCACAGUUUUGUUUUUUUUUAAAUUAGUGAUUGAUUAUUUUAAAUGAAUGAAAAAUAUAUCAUGAGCAAAAACAUAGCAUGUCUAAACUAUAUAUUUUCUUAACUGAAUGUCAGGCACAAAAUUGCAGCUAAAGGCAAGUUGCAUGUAUGCAGCACACCAUUUUUAUUCAGAAAUUCUUUAUCUGGCAUGGCAAAGUUGUGAUAUGUGAAAGUUUUGAUAGUGAUUUUAAAAACUUGUAUGAGUUGAAAUGCAGAAUGAUGUGGAACUUCUUUUCUACUCUCUAAUUCUUUUAAUACAUUUAUCACCACAGUUUAAAACCUUCAUUAUUUUGACAGUGAACCUAGAGAACUUUUUAAGAUCAAUGGGGUCGGUGAGGUUUUACCUGCCUGGGCCGGUCAAGUCCCGCGGAGAUGUCUUCGUGGGCCAGAUCAGGGGUGGCUCGUGGACCAGUUAAACUGCUCCUGUGGGCCACAGGUUGCUGACCCCUGGGAUAGCUGGAAAUGAAAUACCUUGGGUGUCUAGUGCUGUGGGUUGGAUCCAGCCCAGCACAUGGAGAAAUCUACAGGACUUCCACUUCCUCUACUCUCCCCAUGCAACCUCUGUCUGCUCUCAAGGGUGCACAGGGGGUAGGGGGCUGCAUCAAAGAGAGAAGAAAAGUGUGUGUGUGUGUGUGUGUGUGUGUGUGUGUGUAAACUCUAUAUAUUGUCCACUCUAAAUUGUGCUAACAUUUUCCAUUUUCAGUGAAUCUCUUGCUGUGAUCCUUAUCUCAACAUGUCUUUGCAUAGUGAAAUACUGAACUGAAUGUUUCUCAGCUCGACGGUAGAAACAGUUCUUUAUUCCUCUUGGGUGCCAGUUGCUCAAUUUGCAACUGGGUGGUGGACCGAAAUAACUGCAUAAGGGAUUCUUUUGUGGUUAGCUCUGAAAUUAAGUGGUCUUGACUAAUUGUGAAAAAUUAGAAAUUCCUGAAUAUGAAACAAUUGUAAUUGGAGUUAGAGACACGCCUGCUUUUGCUUAUAGCUUUCAGUUGCAACUUAGAAUAUUACAGGGCAACUAUCACUAGAUUACAGAAGGGGGCUUACUGUCUGCUGACACUUUAUUUUGUUGCUUCUGAAAUUAUUGCAGGGUUCUGUUGUGGAUUCUUAUUCCAGUCUCAUUGCAGUGUUGGAAUUUAUCAUUAUGAAACGUUUUGAUGGGCCUUUUGAAAUGUUCAUUUUAUGUUUGUUUAUAUUUUGCUGAUUAUGCUUUGAACAGAGUCAUUAAUGAAUUGGGUAGUGCAUAGGCACUAGGCAGGCAGGCUAGAAAUCACUAAAUAUAUAAAUGUAUUGGAAUGUUAUAUGUAUGCCUUGUAUGUAUUGUGGUGGUUCUCCACAGGUAGCCAACACAGCCCCCCUCCCCCCGAUGUUUUAAGAUUACAACUCCCCAUCAGCCCCAGCCAGCACAGCCAUGGGUAAGAGAUUAUGGGAGUUGUAGACCAAAAGCUACGCAGGGCACCAUGUUGAUUUCCCCCUCUUGUGCACUGUUAUUGUGAGCUGUUCUAAGGCACCAUUUAACAUGGAAAUGGAGAGUAUAAGUAAACUGAUGAUGUUAAAAUUGGCAACUAAGGCUGCAAUCCCACCUAUAUUUACUAGAUAGCGAUCAAUCAGUACUGUGGGACUUAAGUCCAAGUAAACAUGCACCGGCUUGCACUAAAAGUCUGGAGUACUGAAUGCCUAAAGCUAUCCAGUAAAUUCAUGACUGUUGAGAUAUAACCCAGGGCAUGUAGCUUGUACUUCAUGCCAUUAUGAACUACUACAUCUGUGUUGGGGAAUAUAUGGCUCUCCAGAGCUACCAGGACUCCAACUCCCAUCAGCUUCAGCCAGCAUGGGCAGUGAUCAGGGAUGAUGGAAGUUGUAGUCCAAUAGCAUCUGGAGGGCCACAGAUUUCCAGCCCCUGUGCUACACUAAAUCAGAACUGUCAGAGUGAUGGAUACCUCCUUUUCAUCUUUUUUUUAAAAAAGGUUGUAGCUCAAUGAUUGAGAUAAUUAAGAUAAAUUAUUAAUUAGGCUCCAGGACUCAGGAAUGAAAAAGAAAAUUGAAAGAAACUUGUUCAUACUGGGAUAGUAAUCUUUAAUUGCCCAUGUGUCAUAAUUGUGAAAGUAUGGGAUUUGUGCCACUUCCUUUCUCUCAUAAUACCACUCUGGAAGAUUUGGAUUGUGUGUGAGGGAACUAGCUGUAUUGUGUAUGCACUGCAGACUAGUAAAGUGCUAUAUAAGGCUUGCAUCCUUUGCUUAUAUACAGGACUGAUUAGUUGUUGUUUUUUAAGUACAUACAUUUUAUGAGUGUACAUUUUUUAGCAGUGGACGUUUCAGUUGUCAUAUGGUAAUUGCAAACAACAACCUCUAAGAAAGCAGAUCUCAAAGGAUGUGGCGUGCCAUACUGGUGUGGCAGGAGAGGAUGACAAGAGUAACAGGAAGAUUCAAGGACAAUCAGUACUAUAUUUUUGGAAUGAUUCAUGCCCCUAUGUAGCUGCGUUGUUGUAUACAUUCCAGAUGUCCCAUGUUCAUAUUAUAAAGUAGUUGUGUUCUGUGUUAUAAAUCAAGCACUUCUAGGAGUUGUUUCUUUUUGCUUUCCAAUGUAUUUCUUAUUGAUAGAAAAUUUGAUGCGGCGCAAGCCCAGAGAAAUUUUUUUGAGAACCACUACUCUGUCAAUUGUAAUGUUCAUUUAAUGUAUAUUUGCUUGCUUAGUGCAUAAAUUAAUGGUAAUCUUUCAGCUGUAAAUUUGCAGGUGUCAUUGAUUUGUACUAAAUUCCUACCCCUGCUUUUUUUCUUUCCCAUGGAUCACUUGUUGCUUCUAGGUAUCUUAUUUUUGUGUGCUGUUGCCGUUAAAAGGGGGGGACAUUUUACUUGAGGGGGAAAAAGAAGUCUACUUUUUAUUUCAAAUAAGAAGCACUUCCAUAUGUACACUUGUGUUUAAAAUUACAAUGAAACUAGAAGCAGAAAACAUAAUAUUUCCCACAUUGGACUUUGUAGAUCCAUUAUCAGCACAUUCAAACUUGUAGCCUGAUGUCCCAUUUGUCCUCUUCGAAAAGAGGUUUUCUGAGGAAUAAGACCAGCAGCUAUUGCCCCGGUGGAAGGAAGAUAAAUGAGUUGGGAUUAGGGAGCUGCUGCCAGUGGUAGACUUCUGCCAAGUCAUUAAUUUCUCAGAGCUGCUCUAUGCCUGCUUCAGUAAGGUGAGCACAGUUUUACUCAGAAUAGGGAAAAAUCAAAGGAAAAUCCAAAUUUAGGCACGGUGCAAGAUUACGUAAAAUGCACUAUUAUGACUAGUACAAUUUUCAUUCUCUCUCCCCCUUGUUGUUAGUUACCUCUUUAAUUAGCUUCUUAGAGGGAAAAUGUGUCUAUUUCUCCUCUCUUAGAGUGAAUUGCUGGCCAUACUAAUUCUAGUACUCUGAUUCCAGCUCCUGCUGUUUCCUGCUUUCAUUCUCACUGAAGUUCCGUAACAACUGGGGAGUAUAUCAUUUUUGCCCAUUUGGAAUCAUAUCUCUUCCUAUAGUAAGCCGUGGGAGUUGGGCUGUUUGAUAGACCACAUACUUUAGUGCUACAUCAUCUUCAAUUUGAGUGAAAUGGUUACACCCAAGUCUAAAUCUGAGGAGUCCACAUUGGGAGAAACAUCAGUUUGUGCAAGCUUAUUUUGUAUUUGUUUAAUUUGUGGUGUUAUCCUAGUAGCAUUCCAAAUAAGAAGCCCUGUAGGUGGGGAGGGUUUUUUGAGGUGUACAGUGGUGCCUCGCAAGACAAAAUUAAUUCGUUCUGCAAGUCUUUUCGUCUUGCGGUUUUUUUCGUCUUGCGAAGCACGGUGUCGGAAAAGUUUUGGAAAAGCUUCAAAAAUCACCAAAGUCUUCAAAAACCUCAAAAAAGGCUACCACACCGCAUGCUAUGAGUUGCUCCUCGAAGUCAAGUCGCAACUGUAUUAACGGUUUUAAGAAAAGGAAACAAACUUGCAAGACGUUUCCGUCUUGCGAAGCAAGCCCAUAGGGAAAAUCGUCUUGCGAAGCAACUCAAAAAACGAAAAACCCUUUCGUUUUGCGAGUUUUCUGUCUUGCGAGGCAUUCGUCUUGCGAGGUACCACUGUACUUCUUACAACCAGGCAUAAGUUGUCUGAACAGUCAAUGGCAGUUCUUGCAUAUGCAGAAACCACAAACAGCUGUACUUUCCACCUUAGAAAAUGACUUCCUGAGCUUGAAGGAAGUGCCUGAUGCAAAUGAGAGAAGCGAAAGAAUCGGAGAAGAGUCCCACUGUAGUAUGCAAAGUGCUGCUGUCCUUGUGGGGAUAGAUUUGGCAGACUUAGUAAACCUAAUGAAGUUCUAAUGAAAUUGUAUUUUAUCGCUGUAGCGGAGAAGAGGCAACGGGGGCAUAUGCACUUUUAUUCCAGAUAUUCCAAGAGCUCUGCAUACUGCUGUAUUACUGUCCCCCCCCAAAAAAGUAUUAAGCAAGUAGCAUAUACAGUACAUCACACUGGACAGGACAAAUUAUACUAGUGGGUUAUUUUGGGCGGGGGGAGUGGGGUUCAGGAAGAGAUGAAGUGAAACUCCCUGAUAGCCUGUUUCUGUUAACCUUGCUAUCAGUGUUCAAAAUUCACCAGGUGCAUUUUGCUACUGGCGCAGGUCCUAUUGCAACUCCGAUUGUCAAGAUUUCUGGAUGCCAUGCUGGUGACCACAGUUCAAAAAAAAUCCCUGCCUUAGUCCAUAGUCAGUACCAUUUCUACUUUGUGUGUUUCCCCUUCUUGCAUACUGAGACAAGUGAAUUGUUGUAAGAUCAAGCUACAAUCAAACAAUGUAGUUGAGAUCAUAGAAUCAUAGAAUUGUGUUGUUGGAAGCAGUGCUAUUUUUCUAGAAAAAGAGGUGCUGGAACUCACUGUAAGUCCCUCCCUCAUUCUCUUAGAGGUGCCAGAACUGAUUCCUGUGUGUUAGCCCUGGAAAAAACCCUGGUUGGAAGGGUUAAGGCCCUGAGUAGCAUCUAUUCCAACCCCCUGGCGAAUAGGCAACUGCAACUCAGUUUUAAGAUAAGCUAUAUAAGCUUAUAUAGCUUAUAUAUCUUGCCAUUGCAUGUGGGCAGGCAAACAAAAUAAAAUAUUAUGGGUUAUAGCAGGCUUCCUCAACCUCGGCCCUCCAGAUGUUUUUGACCUACAACUCCCAUGAUCCCUAGCUAGCAGGACCAGUGGUCAGGGCUGACGGGAAUUGUAGUCUCAAAACAUCUGGAGGGCUGGAGGGUUGAGGAAGCCUGGGUUAUAGUAACUUUGGCUAACUGACAAUACCAAGUCAGCCAAAGUUACUAGCCUGUAACAUUUUAUUUUGUGUUCCCUCCCUCAUAUGGGAAGGCAAGGGGAUGUGGAGCCAUAUUUCAUAAACAUUCUUUACCUAAUCACUGGGAAGAAAUUCAUACUUGCAACAAGAGACUCGGAGGAUGCCUAUUUACAAGUCUUAUCUGAUGGUCUUAACAUUUUUUUACUUUUGUUUUUAGUAAUCUUUCUUUAUAUCUUGUACAAAAUUUAGAAAGAGAAUAGAUCCAAGUGUCCCGAAUUUCUCUAAUAUAAAUAAUGCAGCAACCAUGUAACACUAAGUUAAUGGAAUAUGAGUGUGUGUAUGUCAGUAGGCAUUAUACAUGCAUAUUGAUUGAGGAAAUUUCAAAUUUACAGCAGAUCUUCACCAAGUAGGAAGAGUGACUCAGUUGCUUUUUACUGCAGUUUACCAUCAUUACUAACCCAGUAGGCUCAGUCAACAGUCUUUCAAAUGAAGACCAGAAAAAUCAGUGGGAAAAAUUAAAAAGGCUAAAGGCUAUUAAUGCCAGAUGGCCCAUGUUUUCUUUCCAGUGGGAAAGCCCUUGAUAUUUUCCAGGGUUUAUUUUUUAAAAAAAUCAUUGGGGUUUGGGUCAUUCUGUAUGUAAGGCUUUGAGUCCAAGGGCUCACACAUGGAAUGAUUUCAUUGGGUGCACAUUGUGAAACCAAAAUGGGUAAUUCAUCAAGGCUGCUAGAAAACAAUCCCCUAAACUGGAUCUGCUUAGGAAUCUAUGCUCUGUUUACAAGAUCAACAAGGCCUGCCUUUCCCUAGUCUGGAAUGAACAUCACAGUGCUAAAAUUUUGAAGUGGGUGAAGUUUAAGAGAGCAUAGUUUUCCCGUCUUCAUUUGGGAAGCACAAUGUGACAGACUGAGAUUCUCUACUUUAAAGCAUCCAAGUCUAAACAAUGUUUGGUGGGAUACAGUACUAGUUACUUCAUCUGUGGAAGUGUGCAUGUAAAGAGGUGCGGCCUGAAUGCUUCUAAGUCAAGGUCAACAUCUGGAGUCGGUUAUGGUAUUUACUAGGUAAUAAUAAACUACUAAGCUGGCUGUUCCUGUAAAUGUUCUUCUAGUAUAAAAGUUGGCGAUUUUGCAACGUAGUAAAGCUACCUUGUUGUUAACUUGUACUGUUUUAAAUUGUGUGUGUGUGUGUGGUGAUUUAAAGGUAUACCCAGAAUCAGAUAUUUCUAUCUGAGAUGUUUAUAUUUCACCCUUCAUCCAUUCAGGGAAGUAUACAUGUGUUUUCCCUAUUUUAUCUUUUAUCCUCACAGGAAAGCUGUGAGGUAAAUUGGACUGGAAGAGAGAAGGAGGUGGGGGAGAGAGAGAGAGAGAGACACCAGUGGCAUAACAUUGGUGGGGCCACGGGGCGGUUGCCCUGGGUGCAAAAUUCUUAGGGGCACACCCCUCACACAGAAAAUCUCCCAGUGUUUUCGUGGGCAGACUAAGGAGCGGAUUUGGGCGAUGGCCGGUUGCCAGAGUGCCUUGCAUGGGUUUUAGAAAGAUACUCGCUCCUGACCAAUCCCCUGUCCCACUCUCCGCCGUGCUCAAUGCUCACAGGACACCACAACUGCCACUCGGGUAGGUUGCCAAGCUAUUGCUCAUUUGUUCCAGCCUAUCAGCCCCAGUGCUGGCAAACCACACUACGCCAGUGAUAGAGACUGACCUAAGAUCACCCAGUGAGCUUCAUGGCUGAGCAAGGAUUUGCAACUGGCACUCCACAAUCCAGCUCUGGCACUCCAUCUACACUGGCUCGGAAUCUCUGCUUGAAAUUCUUUUUUGGACACGUGACUAAGCUGUUCCUUGCUCCUGUACUUCAUGGCACCCAACAUACGAAUGCAAGAGCCUGCUAGUACCUUCGUUGUUAUAUUAACAAAUAGUGUGCAGUUCAGUCUUAGUCUCUGCCACACAGCGUUUGAAACUCUUAAGGGUGUCCUCUUGGUACUUUUAGCUACUGCCUCCUCUGUGUUUGGACCAGCAACGUAUAAAUCGCUAUGUAUUUAUUUUGCUCUUUUCUUGAAAAUAGCCAGCUAGUGCUGAGAGGCACUUGUGCCUAGGAGCGGGCAGGGGACUAUCACAAUAGGAUUGUGUCCGUAAGUAUAAACAAUACCAGAAAGGUAGAACCAUCUUAUUGCUAAUCCACAAUGCCAUAUAUGAAUGAGGAUUUGUGCAUUUCCUAAUUUAGUGUCUGCAGCAGUGGGUAAAACAGCAUCAAUUUUUAGCGACACUGCGGAACAUUUUGCCAAAAUACCCUAGUGUAGACAAGGCCACACAUAUUUGCAACAUGUACUGUUCACAGAAGGCAGAUUGAUGUUAAUUAGAAGUGGGUGGCAUGUGAGUAUAAAAAUAAAAUUCCUUUCUACAGUGUUUUACUCUUAAAAAUAGAGUGCAUGAUGUGGUGAUUAGUAUAUGUAUGUGUGGAGAAGCGUGUGUGCCUUUUAAUUUUUGUGAUGGCAUCAGGAAUUUGCAUUUAGUUGUUUAAUAAUAUAAAGUAGCACAAAAACUAAUUGGAACAUAUUGCAGGUUUCUGCUUCUUUGGAACAUAUUAGCUCUCAGAUUGCUUCUGGCCCCAAUUUAUAGUUGGCAUACCACUUUAUAGGUAUAAGUUAACCUAAAAACUCUGAACAGCUUGGGAUCAGGUUUCCUGAAAUAUCAUCUUCAUGCCUACUUGAACCUUAAGAUCCUCUUUUAAGGCCCUGCUCCAUGUGCCUUCACCCAGUGGUGAGGAGAGAGACUACCACUGAGAGGGCCUUUCUGGUGGUGGCACUCUAGCUGUGGAAUAACGUCCCCCGGCAGGCUUACUUAACACUUUUCUUGGCCUUUUUCAGCAGUAUAGAAUCAUAGAAUUGGACAGGACCCCAAGGAUCAUCUAUUUCAACCCCCUGCAAUUCAGGAAUCUCAACAAAAGCAUCCAUGACAGAUGAGCAUCCAACCUCUGCUUAAAGUAGAGACCUUUUUUAAUUCACCCAGUUCCCAGUUUUUAAAACUGUGUUCAAAUUUAUCUUAGACUGUUGUGACCUAGUGUUGAUUCAUUCAGACUGUACACUGUGUAUGUUGUCUUUGUCGCAAGAAAAUUCAUUUUUUUUUCCUGUCUAUUAUUUGUUGAUGAUUAUAUCAGAAAUGGGGAAUCUGUGGCCCUACAGAACUUUCUGGACUACAACUUCCAUCAUCCCUGGCAGACGUUCUGAUUGGGAUUGAUGGAAGCUGUUGUCCAACAGUAUCUGGAGGCCACAGAUUCCCCAUGUCAAUUAUAAUGAUUAUAUAUUGUAUUUAAAAUAUUGUCUUAUUAGCUGUCCAGGGAACUUUUUUUUGUUUAUUUACAUAAAUAGCUAUAUAAAUAAUAAAGUAUGAGCCAGAUUCAACUAACCUAGUGCACUAUCAGAAGCCAUCACAAGGACUCACACUAGCUGAAUGGUUAUCACAAGGAUUCCCUCCCUCUCCAUUACUUGCGCCUCCCCCAGAUCUGCUCUGCAAGGUCAGGAGAACCCCUAGAAUAGUGUGUGGGUGGAGGAGGAAGGAGAUGGUUUCCUCUGGCAAGCAGAAAUGCUUGCGCUGACAGAACAAUCGUAAUAGUGCAAUAUUGAAUUCCACCCUUAGUAUACUUUGGCUAAGAGAGAGAAUUCAUGAGAUUCCAAUAGGUGUCAAGAAAGCUGUUUUGGCUGCAACCUGUAUACCUAACUUGGAGUAGGUCCAAUUCAGUAGUGGGACUUACUUUUGAGUAGACAUAAAGAGGAUUGCGCUGUCAGAGUCUUUGCUUUUAAAAGUUAUUGUAGGUCUACUAUUACAAGAAAUGAGAGCCUGUUUUGCAAAUUCUAGCUAACAGGUAAAAUUAGCUAAUGAGAGAGAUUAAGUGUAGCUGAAUUUCAUUUUUACUGUUUCUGGAAAAUAAGAUGCAGUUUAAAUCUGUGAUCCUUAAUCUACUGAGUUAAGGACAAAAAUGAACAAGCUGGUGCUUUUACAGUUGAAACAAAUGCUAUUCCUUAUGACAAGGAUCUUCAUGUCCAGUAUUCCCUCUGCUAUUCUUUGGGAGUUAUGGUGGAAACAGAUGUAAUUGAUCCGUAGUUGCUGGUGCAGUAUGGCACAAUGGAUUGGCUCUGCUGGUGUGUCCCUUUUGCUAUGACUUUGCCAUCACCCUGCCCCAACCCAGAUAAGCUUCAGUGACUGCAGAGCAGUUCCACCCCACCACACAAGCUGCUACUGUAAUUGAUAUUUUGGCAAAUUAAUGCAACUGCUUUAUCAACAUACAGUAAUUAAUGUUUUUAAUGGCUAAUGUUCAAAAUCAGACCUGAUUAAAGUAUCUGUUAGUAACUGGUGCAUAUUAUUUAAAAUGUAAUUUUAAAAUUAUUUAUAUAUAUAAAGUCUUUAUUUAGAAAAUUUCUGGAUGGCUUAACGUUAGGAAAAAACCUAAGCUGCGUACAACAUACCACCUCCUCGAAAUGGUACAAAAUUGUAACACAUCAUAAAAACAUAACUAAUAAAAAACAGUGACCGAAGUGCAAAGAUAUGGAACUAAAAAAAUCAAACCUUAGGUAUUGGGAAAGUCUUAGGCAAAAAAAAUACAUUUUCAGGAGGCAUAACUGAUGGCAACUUGCUAAUUGAGUGGAAGAGGGAUCCAGACAACAAGGGCAAUCAUAGAAAAUGCUUUCUUGCCUUACAACAAACUAGGGUACAGCACCACCAGGAGUGUUUCUUCUAUGACCCAAGCAGUUGAGCAGCCUUCCAAGUAAGGUAGUGCCAAGAUUAUAUAUGUCACUGACAAAACUUUGAACAUGGUAGCUGAACAGCAGCCAGUGCACUUCCUCAGCACAGACGUAAUACUGCAUGUGCUCAUCCAGGUGUUACACUCAAUGAACUGGCUUCAGUGUUCUGCACCUGGCUGCAGCUUUUGAAUAUUCACAGUGCUUUGCAUACAUUAUCUUAUUGCAAUUCUACAACUGACAUAAACAAUUAUUUCCCCAAGGGGCUGAGGUUUAGAGAGAGAGGAGCUGCCAUUCACGCAUCUUGGUAAGCCACAAACCAUGGUUUACUGUGCACAUGCCAAUCAUCCCCGCUUUACUACUUUCUGCUAGUUCAGAGGAGAAACCAACCAUGAUCCCAGACAUAGCAUUUUGUCCAUUUCAUCCAGAACAGGAAUCAUAGUUUGUUUCAGUCCAAAUCCUUUAAAAAUACUAAUAUACUUCACCAUAUUAUCUGCAGAUGCAAUCCACCAGCAACAAUUGGUGUGUGUGUGUGUGUGUGUGUGUGUGUGUGUGUGUGUGUGUGUGUGUAAGGGAUGAUCUCUCCUAGAGAAAUCCAGAAAUAGUAUAAACUAUAUUUUUAUUUUAGAAUUAUGGGAGAUGACUUGGGCCAGCAACAAGGUAUGUCUAGAAUUUUUGAAGUGGCUUGUUUGUAGUGUUUACAGUAAUUUAAUCAAAAGUCUCUUCAUUGAAGAUGCAGUUGAACUUUCCUUUGCUUUUAUUUGGAGCUAACAAUUGCAGGAAAACCUUUCCACUUGUACUGUGUUGGAAAAACUAUGCCCUUGAAUUAUUUACUUGUUUACAAUAAGCAAAGCCUGUUGAAGAAGAGCUAGUAAAGUUUCAAUAUGAAACUGGGUAAAAAAGUGCAAUUAUACAGACUACUGCAUAGAGGCGAUAUCUGCAUUCAGACAUAAUGCUAAGUUUUAACCACAGUGUGUUUCAACAAGGCAGGAACAAGUUCACAGAGGCCAUAGCAAACUGUGGGUCAUUUUGCCUGAUGUUAGCGUGUCAUCUCCCUACCACAUCUGUAAACGCCUAGUGAAAACUUCCUAACUCCUCCCUGUGGCCACACUAAGGGGAUGUGUGUUGGGCUCACACAGGCUCAUUCUUGUAACUAAACCAGGGUUUGUGUCUGAAUGAUGUUAGUGGCUGGAAAAGCAAAAAAUACAGUUGGAGGCUUCUAUUUCCUAGGAGGCAGCAUGGAGCAAUAUAGUUCUGUCUUGCUUUCCAGUCAUAGGUUUUUACUGCUACUGUACCAUUGCAACUAAAACAGAUCCAUAGGUUCAAGGUGUAAAUAGCUAAACCAUGCUAAAAGGACACAAGAAACAGAGGGUGUGUCUUUCUAAAUCAUAGAAUUGUAGAACUGUAGAGUUGGAAGCAACCCCCCCCCCGAGGGUCAUCUAGUCAAACUCCAUGCAUUGCAGGAAUCUCAACACGUGAGUUCCCAUCCAAUUUGAAACCAUACCGGACUGUGCUUAGCUUUGCAAAGGUGCUAGCAGUUUUAAAUGUGAUUUUCAUUUUUAUAUUGGUCGUUGUACCACUUACCUUGCAAAAUGCAAACAGACGGGUGAGUUGAGCAACAGAGGAGACACAUUUGCAAGGCUAAUUUAUAAGCUGUCAGAGUAUAGGAAAGACAUUGUUAAAGCACACAUUUUGCUUGGCCUGUAAAUCAUCCUGUUUCAUCUCAUUUGUCCUGUUUUAUCUAUAGUGUACUUAAAAAGACUCUCUAGUGUAUACCUUUACAUUCUUUCUCAUGACAGUAUUUCCUUACCCAGAAUUGUCAACAUACUGUAGUCAAUUUAUUGACACUUGCGUUUUGUGACCAAUGUUCUUAAUGAAAAUUCUAACAUCCUUGUGAAGCUGUUCUAGUUUUCUUCAGUACAGCUUGUUGCCUUCCCUAAGCGCUUAGGAGCAUCUGUCAUGGUCCGUCCUUAUUCACGACAUCUGAUUCCUUCUCAUAAUGAAGCCGAGUUCUGCCUAGGAGUUGGCACCAAUAGCUUAGUUUCAGGCUUGUAUUGAGGGUACAGGAUUUAGUUAAGUUAUCCAGGCUUAAUUACUUUGAAUCAAGAUUUGAACACACUGGCCCUGGCUUUAAAUUAAAACCGCAAUUUCCUUCUCAUAAAAUCAGCUGCUGUCACAAGCACUUAAUUCAUUUUAUUUUUAAUUGGGUGAAAUUUUACAUCUGAUACUUCUCGUCAGUUUGUCAACAUUUGGUAACUAUGCAUCUAUAACUAUUUCAUUUGCAACGAAGAGGCUUGUGGUGCCUUAAAGACCAACACAUUUCUGAUGACAUGUACUACAGCCUCUACUUCAUUGUAUGAAUGAAGCAUCAUCUUGAGUUGCAGGUGUACAUACAUGGUUGGGUGGGAGGAUUGUAAAAAGUGAAGUCAGAUGAAAAUGAAGUUGGAGGGGGAAAUGAAAUGCAUAGAAGUACAGGCAGCGAAAAGUUACAUUCUUAACAGUGGUAAUUCAUGAAACAGUUUUUGUUACGCGCAUAAGCAGAGCCCUGCUGGAUCAAGCCGAAGUCACAUCUAGCUCAACAUCCUGUUCCCACAGUGGCCGCUAGUGUGAAGCCUAGUAUAGCAUGUAGUCAUCCUUCCUAGAAGCCAUUGAUAACCUCAUCCUCCAUGAAAUACAAAUAUCCAUGUUGACAGUGACAUCCUGGCAUCCUUGCCUAGUGUAGCCCCCAAGUCCAUUCCCCUCAGGCAUUCCUUUUUCCUCACAGGGCACCCAAAUGAGCCUGUGUCUUGGGUCUCAUCAGCUUACUCUUGCCCUGUAUUCCUCACCUUCAGUAUCCUUACAGACUUUUGCCAGGCUUCCACUAAUGAGUUUCUCCACUUCAGAAUCCUAGCAGCCAAAAACAAGCGUGUUUUUCUCUCUGUGUCAUAAAGUGAGCUGCACUAGCUUAACGUAUUAAAAUCCGGCACCAAAUUUACUAGUUUGGUCCUAAUAGUUGGAAUAUGAUGUUUCUUGCAUAGCUAUGAUCAGUACAGAUGCUUUUAACUCUAAUGGAAAUAGCCAGAAGCUAAGGUUUUCAUGGCCAAAUUUAUGCAGUUUGCUCCAUUGAUGUACAUGCAGGAGUAUAGCACAUAGAUCAAAUUGGUCUAUAACACAGCUCUUAAAAAUCUGACUACAUUGCAGGCCCUCCAACUAUGGGGCAUACACUAAAUAAACCUUAGUUGACUUCAACCCACUUUUCCUUAUUACUUGGCAUGCUUUGUGUCUGAAAGUGGCUCUGGUGCUCAGCUAUAAUAAAUUUGGCCUGAUACUAUACCAUGAGACAUAGUUCCAACUAAUCUCCUUUAUCUUUACAGGCGGGGAAUUCUCAAGAAUUGUUGCUGAUAUAGGGGUGGUUUAGGUGACAUAAUGAAGCCAUAGUUAUUUGAGUGCUUUGGGUACAUGGCCCAAUUUUUAAAUCCUAAACACAUUGAAGCAAGGACCAAUUCAAACUGACUAGUGACAGAAUGGACAAGCAGUGAUGCUGCUGUCCUGUACGUUCGUACUUUAUUAAUACCACUGUGUAAAGCUAUGAUCCCAAGCCCUCACUGACAUAAGAGACACCUAAACCUGUUGAGGAAGGGCUUAUAACAUAAUUGAUGCGGACAGAUAAAACAGUCUGUUCUGAGUUUGGUAUGCAUUUUAUUCACUUUUUUCCAAUCAUGAAUAACCCAUGAAAUACCCUGAACAGGUAUUGGUUAUAUGAAAAGUAUGAUUCUAUGAAAUCUAUUUAUAUAUUCAUUUUUAAAGCCAUUUCCCCCCCUUUGCAGCACCAGCUCUGCUCCCUCGCAGAUACUUAAUUUAUCUCACUUGUCUCAGAAAUACUUGGCACCCUCAAAAACGUAAAAGCUAAUUCUUGGCCUGAAUACUUCAUUAGCAACAUGAAAAUCACCUUUUUUGUUCAAAGCCUAAGAUAAAGUGGUUUCUGAAUGAAUCCUGCUUCUCAUUAAUUUGAGCCUUAGGAAGCAGAAUAAAGACGUGCAAAUAAGAGCUCUUUCAAAUAACUCAUAAUUACAUGUGCACAAAAACGCAUUGACUAACUUUGAACAUGCUUUAUAGCUCACAUGGGGUGCUCCUUCUUCAAGAAUGGAACUGGAGAUAAGUUCACCUUUAGUGACAGUUGAAAUAUUCUGGGACUGGUUCUUCUUAAAUAGUUGCAAAUCAGCAACACUGUAAGGAUUUUGAAAGAAGAGAGAAAUAUAUGGACAGAAAUAUAUAGAAAGCUCCUAGAUAGUUCAGUGUGGUUGAUGGUUAGCAUUCAUUCCUGCGAGGGUCACCUUACAAGCAUAUCAUAGGAUAGAGUUAAAGCUGACUUUCAUAUUCCAGUUGCACAUAAGUGAUGCAGUUUGUACAUAUAUCAUUUUUAUGAACAUUGUGAAUGCUGAAUGAUUCUGCUUGCGAGCAGAAAGGAAUUGGACUUAAAGAUUUACUUCAAUUUGGUAUUGAAACGGGAAGGUCUAAACAGGAAGUCAGCCUUCCGUUUCUUUGUAGACAGAAUAAAGCAAAGACAACGUAAACUAGAGCUUAGAAAAUCGCUUCUAAAGGAUUGGCUUUCAUCAUUUAAAAUUGUCGAACCCCCCUUCGGCAGCAGGAGAAGAAGGGGGAUUUUUUGGGGGGCUGUUUAAACCUGCAGAAGUGAGUUUAAAGUAAAGUAACUUUCCACCGUCCUGAUCCUGGAGCGGGGUGUCAGGACUGACGUUUGAAGCUCAUUGACCAGAGACAAACGUUUUUGACAGAUAGUUAAAAGAAGAGAAACAUAGUGAUUCCACUGUUUCCUUUCGACCUUAAAGGAACAAAUAUUGACCAAAUAUCUCAAAAAGGAUACUUUGUUGCAAGAACAAAUAGAAGUUCUCCCCCUAGAGGGAGACUGUGAAAUUGUAACUAAUUCUAGGGAGCUUGCAGCUGUCACAGAUUACAAUCGUGGGAAUGGACUUGUGACCUUGUAGGACAAUGUAUUCAGAGGCUCUGUUGUGUGCUCUCUGUAAAAUAAGUGCCCUACUGGAACAGUUAAGUGAGAAGACGGAUUUGAUGACUAAUGCGGUCAGAAUUUUUGAACAGGCAGUGGGAAACUAUGUGGAGCCCACCCAGGAAUCAGAUCAGGAGUGCGUCCUGACAGAGCAGAUGAGAGAAGAGGAUGUUGCUGAAUCUUGGGCGCCAGAGAUGGAGGGAGCUGCGGCCUUGCAGGAACAUGAGCUUUUGGAUUUGACAAAUGAACUUGGAAAAAGCCAGAUUUGGAAAGAUAAAGUUUGGAUUGGUUUGGAAAUGGGGGGUUGGAUAGACCCCCCUAUGCAGGGAUGUUUGGACUUUCCAAGUCUGGCAAUGGGCAGUGAGAUGUUUGGAGCUGUGGGGGCUAUCAAUUUUGGAGGGAUUCUGAAACAUGUUUUUAAAUACCACAUGGAAUUGAGUCUGGACUAUGGAAAAGGGGCUGAUUUGUUGAAAAGGGUCAAAAACAUCACCAAGCUGGAGUUCCCACGAGUGAAAGGAGAAUAUGAAGAAGAGCUGCGGAAGGGACAUGGAAGUGACUUAAGGGCCUCGGAUAUAAGGUUACCAGGUUAAUGCGCUAGAUCGAUGGGAAAAAGGACUGACAAAACCCGGGACCAGGAGGAAGGGACGCUGGAUGAAGAUUGGAUUGUUUUUAUUUCUUUUUUUCUUAUUACCAGGAUUGUUUUAUAAAAUGGAUGAAUGUUAGAAAAAUGUUGGAACAAAAUUACUUGGCUCUAGUAAAAAUGUUUAAAGAAUUAGGUAAGAAUAUUAUGGUUGUGAGAAGUCGGUAAAAAUAAGAUUUAAGUUUAAGUUUUAAGGUUUUUUAUAAGAUAAGAUGAAAAUAGAUUAAGGUAAUGUAAAGACAGAAUAUUAUGAAAUAUGGAAAGGAUUUGCUGCGAUAAUUAUUAACUAGGAUACAAAAAAAAGGGAGGAGGAGGAGGUCAAAGAAAGAAGGUAAUGAGAGUUGAGGAUUUGAGAAUGAUGGAUUUACUUUUGUCUGUUUGCGGUGUAUUUUUGUUUUUUGAAUUUGUAUUGUUGGGUGUGGUUUGUUUUUUCUUUGUUUUUUCUUUUUUCUUUUUCUGCUUUGUUUUUUCUCUGUAAUUCAAAAAAUUUUCAAUAAAUAUCUUUUUUUUUUUUUAAAGGAAUGCAUUCAUUCCCCCCUCCCCCCAAUAUAGUCUGGCUCACCGCAUGGUCUGAGGGACGGUGGACCGGCCCACAGCUGAAAAAGAUUGCUGACCCCUGUACUAUAGUUACAAAAUCAUCUCCCUGCAAGGGCAGGGAGCUACUCCUUUUGUCAACAAUAAAUAGAUGGUUUGAAUCACCACCUUCAGUCUGGCCUCUCACUCCAGACUCCCAUUAACACCACUGAAUUACCACAGAAACUCAGUGUGUAUAUAUGAAGUUAACCCACCUCACACAGAGAAGUCCCACCCAACAGCUUUCUCUUUUCUGGAUCUUACCAAAGUUGUUUGUAUUCUGUGAUUUUACCUAGCACCACAUAGGUACAGAAUAUGGUUAUCGGAUUCAGAAUUUUGAUUAUAAGUUUUCUGGAGUCAGGGUGUGAGAAAUUGAUUUCACUAGCAGCUGACCCUCCACUAUUUGCUCUGAAAUGCAUUGGGAAUAGGUAUAGAUGCUGCAUCAUCUUCGUUGCAUUGGUUUGAAGUGGAGCCAUAUGUACUGAAUAAACCAUCAUCGUACUCAGAUAUAUGAGGGGCCUGGAAUCCAAAUUAAACCAAUGAUUGGUGGUUAGCUAACGUGUCCCUGUUUCCUUAGUGCUGUGUUCCAAAUACAGAAAUUAUUUGGAUUUUCUGUUCCUUUUGGGCUAGUUUACACGCUACCAUCAGCCGUUGAGUACAAAUCAUCAGUCACUGAGAUCCACACUGGGUGACAACUUGCACGUGUGAAAUAAAUAUUACAGAUCAAAUGCCACAGACAGAGUUGCCAUACUUCUUAAUAUUACUUCAAAGGCAUUACUUUUCAGUGCAAGCCAUUGACUGCAAGACCCUGAAGAUUUUUUAAAAGCCAUGUAAUUUUUUAAAAACCAUGUAAUUCUCUGAAAGACUUUUUUUUUAAAAAGUGAGAAAUGAUGAGCUAUAGGAGAGAGGCAGACAACAAAAGGUCUCUUUAAGGAUGUAGAGGACAGAAAUAACUAGCAGACUCUGGGAUGAGCCUACUUGCUAUGAGAUAACCCAAAUAUUUAACUUCACUCGUUUUGGGUUUCAAGUUUUUGUUCUUCUGACCUUAUCCUUAGACCUUAUCCUUAAUGUUUGAAUAGUUCAUCUCUCAUUUAGAUGCAGUUUUUUAUUUGAUACCAAUCCCUCCAGUUGUAUUCCUUUCUAUGUCAGGGAUGGAGGAAAACAUAGUUAGACCUUGCAAGUAAGGCUUGGCUUCUAGAGGAAGAUAGCAGUUUGCUUUUCAGGAGCAGGCACAAUAAAUUAGUUUGCACCAGGAUUGAAAUGUGCUACACUGACAUGUUUCCUCCUCCACAGACUACUGCUGGGUUCUGAAACAGUGAUAAAGAGUUAGUAGUCAUGAAAUGGAGGUAGCACUUAACGUAUUUAGCUGCUUUUAUGAAGUAUACAACAUGUUGCACAGACAGGUUAUUUGUGGCAAUUGCCUUUUAAUGUCCUAUAAUUACGAGGAACUUGCUUUUCACUUUGAUAUGUUUUUUUAAAGAAGAAGAAGAAGAAGAAGAAGAAGAAGAAGAAGCAGCAGCAUUGUGGGCAAAAACAAAGUUCUGAAGGAUACAUCUCACAUUAAUUUCCCCAGAGCUGAAGUUAGCUCCAUUUCUAUAGUCCUGAAUACAUUUGCUCUAAUCUCAGAAGGACUUGUCUAGAGGAAAUGGUUUCCAUCUUUUAUUGCUAGAUCUUGGCGAACAUGCACUUGAAGCUUUGGAGGUUUGCCUUUCAUAAGUUGGGUCAAAGAACCUCCCAGCUUAUAUUAAAUUUCUAGCAGUGUAAAAAGUAGUCUGAGCAUUUGGUUUGAAAUACUUGUAAAGGGGGCUUGUUGCCAACUGCAUUUGUGUUAUUUCCUCACUCAUUCCCAACUUUAUUUUAUUGUGCAAAGCUAAAAUAUGACUUGAGGGUUGGAUCUGCAAUUGGUGGGUUCUUAGACCAGGUGUGGGAGGCCUGAGCUCCCAUCAGACCCAGCAGGCUUGGCCAGUGGACAGGAUUGGUGGAAGUUUUGGUUCAGCAAAAUCUGGAGUACCAAAGGUUCUUCCUGCCAGCUUUGAUAAACCUGAAGGUGUGAGCAAGCAAGUAGAUUGUCAGAAAGCAUAAUAGCCAUCUCUAGUCAUUAUUGAGGACAGAUCUUAUAUGCAAGUAGAACGUGUGAUAGAGACCUUCUAGGACUUUACCACUUUAGAUUGCAGGUAGGGCAAUCAUAUAGCUGAAUGUUCUUUGUAAAAGGUUUUCCUCCUAUGAAAAGCUACAGUGUCAAGUGAAACCAUUUCAACUUUACCUUCUUCCUGUCUUGUUAGCUUUUCAUGUGCAGGCAGGUAUAUUACCACAGGGAAAUGGUGAAAGAAGAAAUUCUCCACUUGCAGAUGUGCAGCAACCGGGAGAGACUGCAGUGUGUGUGCCAUUUCUGCACCUUUAUAAUGGGCCUGAGUGACUGAAGGGAGACAAGUAAGAUACACCACUAAGGUGUGAUGAACAGGUUAUUGUGGAGGUUGGUUGAAGAAAGCUGUGGUUGGGGUCAAGAAGCUACAAGCUUCAUUGUGGAGCGGGAGGAGACUCUGACAUCAUAGGAAAAUGUUUAAAGAAUCUAAAGCUUGACCUUUUAGACCUCGUCAUCUGUGAGAAUGUUGGCUGGGUAAUGCUAAACUGGUUUCAAACAUUUUGUCAAAGGCGAACUUGAUUCCUAAGGACACAGCCCUCAAGAAUCUUACUUUAAAUUAUCUGGUAAAUGGUUUGAAGAAAACUACCUAAGAGACUGAGUAAGCAUGGGAUUACUCAGAGAAGCACACUGAUAAAUCCUACUAAUCACUGGCCGUUCAUUACAGUCAUGGCAGGUUUGUUUGCAUACCAGCCCAGCAGGUAGACCCAGCAGUGUUAUGUUAUAUUGCAGUAUAAAUGUUAAUACAGUAAGGCGAGGGAACAAUUUUCAUGUGGAUAGAAUUAGAUACAUGUUCCACAAUUCUUUUAAAAAGUUAUAAUAGGAACUGCAGAUGGAAUGCUGCAGAAUUCUUGCACCCAUCUAAAUAAAUCUGGUGUAAGGUUGAGUCUUGUUAAUAUUCUUAAACAACUCUCGUUAUCCCUGGGAUCAUUAAGCAAGCCCAUAGGCAAUUCACUCUGAGCGAACUGCAUUCUGUUUUAUAUUUACGCCUAUUUAUUCACAAAUGGCAAAAUAAUUUUUACCUUGUUGUAAAAUACCUCUUUUUGAAAAAGAAAUGGAUUAUUUGUGAGCCACAUAUGUUGCUUUUUGUAAAUGCAGUACUUACGUUUUUAAUGCACUCUUAUAAUAUGAAUAUGCGAAUAGUAAGCACAGACCACUAUUAUUGAUCAGUGAUGUAAUUGCCCUACAGAUGGAUAGAGGGGAAUGAUGUAAUCUUUAUCAAGUUACUGAAGACAUUGACCUUGAGAGAGAUCAGAUGACUGAACAUCAUGGCCAAUCGCUAGGAACAAAACAAGCAUCUUAAAAGCUAAAAUGCCCUUAUACUGAUAACAGUUUAUAGAAGAAUGAAGUUCAGGCAAUUCAAUCAGCAUUCAAAAUAUAAGUUUCAUACUGAGUAAGAUAGCAUUUGGAUUGUUGGGAAGAACCAGUAUUAUUUUUUCUUUAGUUUUAAUUUUUUAAUGUUCUACAUCACAUGCACAAAAUAACAUAACUUCAGAACUCAUUACCAUUUCUAGUUUUCAUAUUUAAUCACGGAUUGGAGUAUCUGUUUCACCAUGGGCAGUGGUGAUCUGCCCUUAGAUCUACCCUUCAAGGCAAUAAUUCUAAAUUGCUGUGACUUCCUGUUGCUUUAGGGUAAAGUUACCAGACUUGCAACAUGUGUACAUACACUAAACUGAUUUUGAACUUUGAGAUGCUGGAAAACUACCUUGUGCACACACACCAAAAGAAUUUGGGCCUUUUAUGCACCAUAAAGCUGAAGGGGAGGCGGCAGCGGCGACCCUUCAUGCAGCACGCCCGGCUUACCCCACCCCCAGGUGCCCAAGCAGCUAACUACACCGCUGACCAGUAAUGCUCUGAAGCAUUAAAUAUGGAAAAUAGGAACCCAGUUCCUGCACCUCUCAGAUGGGCACCUUUGCUAUUGUAAGAGAACGAGGAAGGGGCUUAUGGUGAGUUCCGGUACCUCUUUAUCUAGAAAAAUAGCACUGGGUUUGUUGUGUAACUGGUGCUGUAGCCUCACUUCUUGAGUAGCAUAGAAUUCUCCUGUAUGUAACAAUUACAGCUAACCACUGUAGCUAUUGGCGAUGUAUGUGGUACUGCAGGUAUUAGCAAUACUAAUGGAAAACCAGCAGUGUUUCUUUCAAAUAAAAAGCAUCCAAUAAAACACAUCACUGCGGUUACUUUGCUUUUUGGUUGUGUAUCAUUAGUGUAACUGUUCCAGAGAUCAGUAAACAAAAAACAAAACAAAAAAAGGGUUGGAGCUUAAUGAUAUAACUCCCGCGAUAUAUACUUCUUCCUGUGCUUUUAAUGAUGAAUCAGAUAGCAAGAUGGUUUUGUUUUUUAACUUGGAUUUUAUUUGGCAUUUUGUUUGCUAUUUCAUCUAGUGGUGUACUGUUGACUUUUUGAAAUGUAGCUAUGACUCUGUAUUAAAUUGUGAACCACUUGAAAAUUCAUACACGCUUUAAAGCAGGAUAUACAUUACCCAAAUAAAUAUUUUUUAAAAAAUAUAUACAUUUGUACCCUGGUUCUUGAAUGCCUUGGUACUUGGACGUUUUGGCUCCUGAACGCCGAAAACCCAGAAGUAAGUGUUCCAGUUUUUGAACAUUUUUCGGAAGCCAAACGUCCAACGCAGUUUCUGAUUGAGUGCAGGAAGCUCCUGCAGCCAAUUGGAAGUCGUGCCUUGGUUUUUGAACGGUUUCAGGAGUCAAACAGACUCCCAGAACAGAUUAAGUUUGAGAACCAAGGUUCCACUGUACAGCCAUAGGGGUUCCAUAAGUAAAUACAUUCCAAGGUGGAAUUUUGUUUUUUAAUGGAAAACCUUAAAAAAGAAUCCUGCAGAAUAUUCACUAUCCUCCUCCUGCAGGUCAAAAGAUCAGAUGUUAUACAGAUAUAUUUGAAAAUAAAGUAGAACAUUCAAAAGAAGAUUAUUCAGGCAGACAUGGUGAGUAAAUAGAUGCAUGGAAUGUCUCUAGGCCUCUCAAGAGAGGUUACAAAUCAUCCAGCUUUGAUGAACAAAAGUCAGAAGGUCUAGGACAACUUUUAAAGAGUUUAAACCUAGCAAAAUAGGCAAUAUAUGAACAAAUUUCCCUUCUAGACGAGUCCUCUGCACGCAAAAUGUGGUAGAUACGGGUUGUGUGUGGAGUCUCUGUGUGUGUCUAUGAGUAUAUACUGUCAACAUUGAUGGUGCUAAUUAUCUGUUUGAUAAGAAGUGUGUUAGAGUGUGGGACUGCAAGUACAUCCUUCCCUCGGUCAUUAGGAACAGACCAAUUCUGUUCAGCACUGACCCAUCUGCUUGGUAGGAAAGAAGAGUCUUGCACCCUGCAGCUUGAACUAUGUGAAGCUCUCUGGCUCAAGACCCAUUGGUAACUAAAGAGAUAUUGUGAGUUCUUGAAUCUCUAAUAUGAAUUGGCUCCUGGCCUAGCCAAUCUUAUGCUUGCCUCCUAGGCUUCUGUUUGUACAGUGUAGCUUCCAUUCAGUCUUGUCACCUCAUAAAUAUGUCUAAAUGUCUCUAAAAAGAAAUUUGGAAGCUCUGAUCGUUUGAACAGGAAUUUGAAAAUUUUGUCUUCUAUUUUGAAUGAAAAUGCGUUUUGUACAUAAAUAUAAAGGGAGUAGGCAGAAUAAUAUCAUUUCAAAGGUUUUUAUCCCAUCAGAAUGGUUUUGGAAUGACUUCUGAGAAAUUGAAGUGAUUAAUGGGGUUUGCAUUAAUAUUUUCACAAAAAGAUUCCUUCACUGAGUUUGGAAUAAGUUCAACUUCUGCUAGGAGGAAAAUGUAGCACGUAUGCAACAUAGAUAUAUUUUUUGUUAAAGUUCUUUCUCUCUCUGCUAUUUCUAAAGGAAAAAAGUCAUUUUAACAACAUUCCUCCAUGUCAUGUUCUGAACAGGUUGACGUGCAGAUUUGAAAAAAGUGUCACAACCUAUCAGUUCAUUUCUUUGAGAUCCAUUAGCAGUCAUGUUCUUUUAUGGGAAGAUGGGUAGUGCCGUUGAGUUGAAACAAACAUAAAAAACACCAUAGUUACGAUAUUUUAGAAAAGGCUGCCAUGCUGGAAUGAAUCUCAACAUCUACCAUGUUUCUGCCAUGCCUCUUUGCAUGGUCAUUUUUGCCACAGAUUGAUGUCCAUGGGAUUCUGCUUGGGGACAUGUGCCCCUGUGGUUGUGUGAAAUUGCCAGGUGAACCAACAAUGCCUUGCAGUGAUUCCUAUGACUGCUUCAAUAGUUCAGGUGGCCAUGGAACUCACUGUAAAGUACUUCAUGAAAUACUUCUGGUUCAUAUGUGAUCAUGCACCCUAGGAGUGGGAAAAUGUUGUAAGUGUCUAUAUGAGUCAGUUUUAAAACCAGAAGGGGUUGGACACUAAUGGUUUAUCUAGAGCAGGGUUUCCAAGACUUAAGUAUCCAGCUGAUUUGGACUACAACUCUUGCUAACAGGACCAGUGGUCAGGGAUGAUGGGAAUUGUAGUCCCAAAACAGUAGUGCAGAGUGGCUUCUUUCAGCUUCAAGCAGGUACCCCAGCUGCAAUUCUUCCUGGAAAGGGAUAGUGUUGAUUCAGAGGCCUAUGGUCUGGUAAUUUCCCAAUUAAAUUAUUGUAAUAUGUUGCAUGCUGGCACUGACCUUGAAGACAACUUGGAAGCUUCAAUUAGUGCAAAGUGCAGCUGCUAGAAUGUUAAUUGAUUCAACUGGGUGGAAUUGUAUUACAUCAAUUCUGAAAGUGUUAUACUGGCUGCCUGUUCACCUCUGAGCCCUAUUCAAAGUGCUGUUGCUUACCUUUAAAGCUCUAAAUAGUUUGGGGCCCUAAUACCUGAUGGAAUGCCUCUACCUAUAUUAGUUUGCUCGUGCCUUAAAGUCUUUGAAGGGGGUUCUUCUCUGUGUCUCAUCAUUAGAGAUGUGCAGCAGAGGGCCUUUCCUGUGAUGACACACACCUCACCUGAAGGGUGUCCUCUCCUUAGCUUUUUUGACCCACAUUGCUGCUGCUGUUUUGUUUUUUGCUGUGUGUCUUCUGAUAUAUACAAGUUUAACCCAUUCAUGGCUGAUUGCCAAAAAUGCCGUUAACUCAGGAGUUCAAUCACCAGACUCCCCCCCCCCCCCCAUUUUAUAUUUUCCUCAGGGGCAUGAACUGCUCUGAUCAGGAGCAAUGCUAAAACCUCAUAAAUACAUUUUCCGUUGUCUACAUCAAGUCAUAGUUCUCAGUAUAGGACCUCUUGCAAUAAACUAUUGGUGGUAGAACAUCUGAUUUGCAUGCAGAGAGUCUCAGCUUCAUCUCCAUGUAUAGCUGGGAAUGUUUCCUCUUUGUAACCCAGGAGAGCCAUUGCCAGUCAGCAUGGGUAAUACAGAGCUAGACGGACCAAUAGUUUGACUUGGGUGAGGGCUGCUUCCUACAUCUCUACUAAUCCUAAGAGCAUGUAUAAAGAUAAUAACCUUGCUUGCUACAACUACUUUUUGUAAGCUACCUUGAGAAUUUGUUGAAGGGUAGGGCAGAAAUAUAUUGCAUAUAAUAAACAUGUCAGGCUGGCAUCGUGCAACAGUUUGCCUGGCUAUCAGCAGGUGCUGCUGCAAGCUACACCCUUACAAUAGACUGGGCUCUCAGCGUUAGAGGGUGAGAAGGGGAGAACUGAAGGCAGAGGUGAGCAGGUGGGUGGCCCAGGCAAGCUGCAGAGGUUUGGUGAGGUCUAAUGGGAAAGGGAAAUAGGUGGUGUUGUUGGUAGGUGGGGUAGGCAAGCAAAGUGAGCAUGGGCACAGCCCUUAAUCCAUAAUAAAUACUUAGCAUUGUGUAAUAUUAGCACUUUACUAAACUGCAUUGGUCAAAUAAGUCUGGCCUUGCUUCUAGGCUCAUGACAACAGGCCAACCAUCUGGUCUUAAUAUGGUAUUUGUAUGCAGAAAGCAAUCAACACUUUCUCAUAAUCUUCUUAAGCAGGGCAUGGCUGGUUCUUUUAAGCAUACCCUCUCUAUUUUCUGAAUAAUCUGUAUAAACAAUUCCUGUUUGUUCUGCAUUAAAAGUUCUGUCAGUGUAGUAUUAAUUGGUAUAAUUUAUGCUGUCUUUUAUGUUCUUGUCAAAAUAACUUCAAGCAGUGUUGAAGUUUGUGCAAAUUGUCUUCCACCAUUAUUUAUUAACCUUUAUUGCUGCUUAACUUUGAAGUUAUGAACAUAAGAACAUUAGUCUGAAGAGCAGCUCUUAAAGUUCAUCUAGUCCAGAGUUCUAGCAGCAGCCAACCAGGAGUCUCUGGAAGCUGACAAGCAGGGCAUGAAUCCAGAAGCUGCUUUCUCCUGUUUGUCCCCAACAUGGUAUUUGGAGGUAUGCUGCCUCUGGGAAAAGAGGUUCUAUUUUGUUGUAGUGGUUAAUAGCUGCUGAUGGACCUAUCCUCAGUUUUUGUAACCCAGGAGUGGAUAAUUUAUGUCCUUCCCCAAGAUGUUGCUGAGUUGCAGCUCUCAUUAUCCCUGACCAUUGGCCAUGGUCAGUGUUUGAAACUCCCAUUGUUCUGGGCGCAUUUUGUGACAGGGAAUUUCAUUAGUAUGAACAGUUUCUGAGCUCUGGGUGCAGUACUAUGCCUAAGAUUUCACAUUAAAACUGCAGCUACUCUGAAGACUGGAGAAGAGGCCCUCUUGAGAAUAUUAGGGGGUUGGGUAGGGGAAGGACUAGACCAUGUGAAAAAUGAACAUAAUAUUUCAGCUGCAGUUCAUUUAUUUUCAGCUUUGUAUUAUUGUUACUAAAAAAGUGCACCUAGACAUUCUGUUGCUGCGCCCAUAAGGUGCCAUUUAGCUCCUAGCUUUCAUAUCUCAUUUUCUAACACUGGUUAUGGUAACUGGGCUAAUGGGUGUUAGGAGUCCAACUACAUCUGGAGGGCCUCAGGUUCCUCCCUCCUGUUCUAAUACUUAAAAUCAUCUUCCCUAGUGGCCAUCACCACAUUGUGGGACCAUGAUUUCCAUAAGUAAAUAGUGAGAAGAUGUACUUCAUUUAGAUUAUCUUGCACCUCCUGACAAUCCAUUUAAUUGCACAUAACACCAAUCUUGGCCCAACUGCACUGGCUAUCAGUUGGUUUCUGAGUUUAAUUCAAAAUGCAGGUUUUGACCUGUUGAAGUCUUAUGCAUCUCAGGACCCCAAUAUUUCAAGGACCGCCUCUCCCCAUAUGAACCGACCCGGACUCAAUGAUUGUCAUCCAAGGUCCUUCUCCAUGUGAGAUUCAGAGGGUGGCAACAUGAGAAUGGGCCUUUCAAUGGGCGACUCCUUGCUUAUGGAACACUCUCCCCAUGGAGACUCACCAGGUGUCAUUUUAGGUGUUAGGCAAUUACCCAAGUUUUUGGCACUUAACUUGAAGGGUUUUUAUUUGUGGCCUCUCUUGGUGUGUCAGAAUCUGCUACCAUGGGUAGGCAAACAAAGGCCUGGGGUCCGGAUCUGGCCCAAUCACCUUCUAAAUCCAGUCCGUGAACGGUCCAGGAAUCAGCAUGUUUUUACAUGAGUAGAAUGUGUCCUUUUAUUUAAAAUUCAUCUCUGGGUUAUUUGUGGGGCCUGCCUGGUGUUUUUACAUGAGUAGAAUAUGUGCUUUUAUUUAAAAUGCAUCUCUGGGGCAUAGGAAUUUGUUCAUUCCCCCCCCCCCCAAAAAAAAUAUAGUGUCCCCCCCACAAGGUUUGAGGGAAAGUGGACCGGCCCCUUGCUGAAAAAGUUUGCUGACCCCUGUGGUAGACCAUUCAUAUAGAUGUAUUUGGUUUUAGUUUUUGUUGCUUGGAUUUAUUGUAAUUGCUUUUAGUAUCUUUAUUGUUUUUGUAGGUUGCUUUGUUAUUUCCUUGAUUAAAGCAGCUAAUAAAUAAUAUCAGCAACAACAUUCUGUAUUACAUGAGGCAGGGAGAAAGCAUGUCGGCUCCUGGCCUUUUCCUUUUGUGAAAAUUGCUGCGAUAAGUGAGCUACUUAUGUAGUACUGUAAAGUUAAGAGUGCUUAUGAAUUGCUCAACAUGAUUCUAAAUGUAUUACUUUAUAAUACAUACAUACAUAUAAUACAAUAUAAAAGCUGGCGAUGGGCACAUGCAUUGAAGAAGAGGCAAGAAAUGUAAGCCCCAGAAUUAUUUUCUGUCUUUGCUUUUACACUGGGAUGAAGAAUUUCCAGGUUGCUGCACUCAUCAAGACCUAAGCGCUCAGAUACCCUGGAGAAAUCCCACCAGCACGCAGUGGGACCACAAAAAGCAUACAAGCCUGACAGCCUCUGAUACCUACACAUACAAAAACCUCUUGUGGGGGGAGAAAGCCCACUUCCUACAGUGGGCCCCUGGAGCAACAGCAUCUACUGCAGAGGGUGGACUUUCUCUACAACCUGAGAUUUUCGUUAGUUUCUCCCAUAUUCCACAUAAUGGAGUAAUGGAGUUUUGAUCAUUGGCUUGAGUAGGGAUAGAUUUAAGGAGGCUGCAGUGGCAAAAAUCACAGGUGGGGAGAGAGCCACAUUCUCAAAAGGAUUCUCUUGUGAGAACACUUCUUUCCAUCCCCUGUGUUGGUGCAGCCUCUUUACCUCAGAUGUUUUGCUAGAAGAGAUGUCUCUGGACCAUAUAAAGCUGUCACUUGACAGCAAAGGAUCUUUAAGGCUUUCAAGUGAUCCCUAACUCAAAUCUGAGGGGGUCAGAUCUGAUUUAGAGUUGCUCAGUUUAUUUCUGAGUCAGUCCAGUGCUAACCACUGGUGGCCCGUCCAUAUUUUCCAUUGAAACAAAACAGUGGUAUUAGGGCUUUAACAGCAGAUGAGAAUCUGUUCUCUAGAUUCAGUAACAUCAAAUUUCCAUGAGGGUGGCUUACCAUGGCAUAGUAUUGUCUAUACAAAGAGUCUUAUGUCAUGCCAAUUGUAGAUCUUUUAUUUUAAAAAUUAAAUAAUAAUAUUCUUUUGUAUGAAGGAACAUUCAAUUGUGAGUCUCAUUAUAUAUCACAUAGAAGUGGGGGGAGGCAUUAGAAUCACAAGCAUUUAAGAACAAUCUCUUCUUUAUAAGUAAUGUGCUUAAUUUUAGGGUGUCAGUGUCUUCCUGGGAAUGUUCUUGCCUUCUGAACUUGAAGCAAUCUUUCUGUUUUUUGUGGUUACAGCAUAGCUGGAACCUGUAGUUAUAGCGUGUGUUGACGGCACAGUUGUUCCUGCUAAGGCAAGUUAAAUGAUGUCGGGGAGAUAGUUGCUUCUUGUUUCUCAGCCAUUUCUGUCUUCUCCUUGGUUUGUCCUUUGAGAAUAUAUAUAUGUAUAUGUAUAUGUAUAUGUAUAUACAGUGGUACCUCAGGUUAAGAACUUAAUUCAUUCUGGAGGUCCGUUCUUAAGCUGAAACUGUUCUUAACCUGAGACACCACUUUAGCUAAUGGGGCCUCCUGCUGCCGCUACAUGAUUUCUGUUCUCAUCCUGAAGCAAAGUUCUUAACCCGAGGUACUAUUUCUGGGUUAGCAGAGUCUGUAACCUGAAGCGUCUGUAACCCAAGGUACCAUUGUACUGUGUUUAAGAUGGGAACAAUAACUAGAAGCUUCAUCCUGGAACCCUUUGUUCACCAAUAUAUUGCUGGACAUGAGCUGACCAGUUCUGGACGUUUUGUUCUGUGAAUUGUUGCUCCAUUUACAAAAGGAUUGAUUGAUAGGUGGAAAUAAAAAAUUAUCAAGCACUUUGUGCUUCAUGGGUAAAUAAAAACAGAGUGAGUUUAGUUUUCUGCUCAGCUUUGCUACUACAAAUGAGAGAGGUUGGAAGAAUGGUGUUACUUACCAUGAUACCCACUGGGUGCGUUUAUGUUUGUCCGGCUUUGUCUCCUAGGCACAUUAAAGCCUAAAAUCUUAAGUGAAAAAUUCUCUCUUCAGAAAAUGCUGAAUUCAAAAUGUGGCUUUCUCCCGUAACGGAAGGUUAGGUUCAAAGAUUCUCUAUUGGUAAGAAUAGCCUUUUGAAGUAUUUUGCAUGAGAACUAAAGCAGGAAGAGAUUUCAGUGCAGGGCAGCCAAAUAAUCUUAGGCAUCUUUUGAUCAAAUUAUGUUAAUAUUAAACAAUAAUUCAGCCUCAGGUUUUGUUUGGCAGUAAGUUUAGCUGUUCAGUAAAGAUAAACUUGCCACCAGAUAUACAUGCCUUUAUUCUCACACUCAGAAGUAUAAUUCUUGCUAACAUUUUAUUGGACAUAUUUUAAAGUAGUGGUCCAAAAUUUGAAAUGCCCAGGAUUGCCUUUAGGCUGCUGACAUCCUUCAGUAUGGGCCUGUUUUCCCCUUCUCUGACUUUCACUGCCCUUUUUGUAUGUGCUUGUAUGACUAGUUAUACUAGUCAUCUGCCUUCACUUCCUAAGCCUGUUCCUAAGGCUUUUCAUGGUGGAAAAAGAACCUGGGGCGGGGGCGGGGGGUUCAGGUCAAGUCUGGAAACAAUUUCUGGUAUUAUUCUGGAAAGCUGAUCAGGUUAGGGAUGCCUUGUGCACCCAGUUACAAAAAAAGUUGUUCACAACCUCAGUCUGAAUCUGAAAGAGCUUUUUCACAAAGGUCUGGCAUUCAGGCUUAAAUGUCAUUACACUGCAAGUAGAUGGCAACUUUCUUGGGACAGACUGAGUCAUGCCAUUUAAGUGUGGUGCUGCAGGGUGCAAGCCCACCUAUUAGGGCAUCUGUGCCUAUUCAUUUUAACUUCAGAUUAAUUAAGGUUAGAUACUGUUAGAAACUGUUUACUAACAAAGGGAAGUUAAAACUGAUGAUGAUUAUUAUUAGUGUUGUUUGUUUUAGAUAUGGAUUAAAUUCCAGUUAAUUGGGCUAAGGUACACCUUCCUACUUGUGUCUGGCAUGUGCUGACUAGUGUAGGGUGAUAACACAAGGGCUUUCCUUGAUCACUACAGUGAUGCUGUCGUUGCUCAGAGCAAAGCCAAAUAAUACAGUCUUGAGGCACAUGCAGAGUUUCAGCUGAACUGAGUCUGGGCGAUAAAGCCAAAAUUUCGAUUGCUGAAGAUGUAUGUCGGUGCAGAUACUUGGAGACAAAAUAGUCCUUGUUGCAUUUGAUAUAAUGGUGUGGACCACUGCCAGAUCUCUGCUGUUCUGCAUUAUUUAUUGUACCAAGAAUGGCAUAUUAGAGAAAUAUGUGAGCUUGGUAUUUAGCUUAAUUACUAAGAUAGAAUUGCAUUUACAAGUGCUGAAAGGAUUCUAGCAUUUUUAGUGUAGAUCAGUGACCUGACCUGGAAAGCCAUUGAUGAUUAAGCUUACUUGCUUCAUCUGACUCUGUGAUAGUAGGAUUAGAAGCAGUGUUCUUCAAAACAGCAAGCAGUUAUUGGAGACUAGAAUUGGAGAUUCCUUACCAGUUACUCAUGUGGAUAAUUAUAAUAGAACAAUUUAAUUGUAUUUGUGUAAUAGUAGUUGUACAGGGUCCACAGGUCAUUCUGCUAGACAUCUCUGCAUACUGAAUGAAUGUCUGUAGUGAAAAGGUAUUAGCACGCAGAGUAGUGUACAUGAAGGCUUUCCUGGAAUCUGCAACCCAGUAUGCAUGGACACCAAAGGAGGAGUGCACAACCUCAGGGGUGGGGCUACUCCGUGUGUCCUCAACCUUCAAAUUGCCAUUUGGAAACUCCACUUAAUCAUGCUUUCAAACUGUGGUUUGGACACCAAUUGUAAGCAUAGUUUCACUAACUGGAAAGCAUAGCAAGCCUACCUCGGAAGUGCAAGGUGGAGUAUAUCAACCUAUAGGGGGCACUUCUGAUUGCUAAACUGUGCCUUGUCAUUGCAUCUGAAUUAAACCAGUUUAGCAUCUUCUAGCUGUAUGUGAGAGUAGCUCUUUUUUGUAUUAACUGAAUGAGUUGCCUUCGUUCAGUGGAAGCCUGUAUUUAUGAUACUGGACAAUUCUCCCAAUUCCCCUGUCAACCAUGCAACUAGUUAGAAGGUGGGCAUGUAAUACAAAUCCUUCUGAUAAUUCAGUUUCAGGAAUGUGGCUUACAUAUUUCAGAUAAUGUUGUUGCUGAAUCAGGCACAGGCAACCUCUACAUCAUGAGAGGUGAGGCUGUUGAUGCAUAUGUGUUAAGCAUUUGUGAUAGGGUUGCCAUAUUUUGAAGAGCAAAAAAGAGGACGCUAUGAUGCCACUCAUUUUAAAUACCCUGAUUAUAUGUAGGCUAUAGAAGCUGUGCUAUAUUGUUGAGGGGGGCAGGAAAAGAGAAGAGGAAAGCAAGUCUUCAACCACCAGUUACGUCUAUGUCUUAUCCAGAAAGUAUUGCCAGAAACAGAAAUUUUAUCCCUGAAAAAGAGGACGUGUCCUGGGAAAAAAGAACACAUGACAACCAAUAAUGAUGAUGAUGUGUGUGUGUAUUGCCAGUUGAUCAAACCAGAGGCACAGUCCUCCUUUUCUCCUUUUCCUUUCUAAUAGACAUAUAUUGCUCAUAUAUACUGAUUGCUUACAACUUCUAUUUCUGUCUGCAUAAUUAUCCUCGUGAUUUCAGUAUUCUGCCUUAGUGCUGUUUUUCCUUUUUCAUGUAUCACAGCAUUCUUAUCUGGUGAAUUAAGAUGUGAGGAGGAAGUUGUUUCUGUAAGGGUAUCCAAGCCCAAAGUGUUGUGCUUUCAUUUGCCUAAAGGAUCUUUCAAGGGAUGGUCUUUUAAUACUAGUUCUUUGCUACAAUGAGUAUUUUAGUAGUGUUAAAACGCCUCACUUCAGUUGUGUCAUAAAAGUCCAGGUGUUAUUUUGAAACAUACCAGGACAAGACCAGCCUAAGACAUUUUGUUGCCUAUGGCAAGAAAUCCAAAUAGCAAGUGUGUGUCCCAACAUGCUACCAUGGCAAAAUACAACAGUUUAAUUGUGCAGUGCUGUGCGCAUUAACUCGAAAGUAAGCCCCAGUAUAUUUAGUAGGGCUUGUUACCCAUACAGUGUGCAAAGAUAAAAGUAUAGUGUGCACAAAACUACAGUCCAUAGCUGUCAGUUGAAUACAGCAAGAGCAGAAAGGAACAGGAAACAGUUCUCACAGUGGAGAUAGGAAAACAGUCGGCUUCCUCAAGGAUCUGUAUUGGAACAAGUGUUAAAGUGUUCUUUGUUAUUUGUAGUUAGGGCUGAGUUGUAAAAUAGCCAGAUUUGCAGAGGACCUCCAAAUAUUCAGGAUAGCAAAAUCCAGAGUAGACUGAAGAACUGCAAAAGGAUCUCUUCAGACUGAACAGGCAAGUGAUGUUUGUUGAGGCAAAAAAAAAGUCGUAACUGAACUGGCAACUGAACUGGCAACAGCUAACCAAUAAAGACAUCUUGAGGUCACAGUUAAUACCUCAGUUAAAUAUUCAACCCCCAUGUUGCAGUGAGAUUUUUUUUUUUUAAAGCAAAUUCAAUUAAAGGGGCUAUUACAAAAGGAUAUUGGUGGUGGUGGUGGUGGUGGGAACUACCUGUAUUAUUAAUUACUGUAUUUUCCGUCCCAUAGGACGCACCUAGUUUUUUUUGGGGGGGGGAGGGAAUAAAGGAAAUUUCCCCCCCUUUAUUUCCUCCCCAAAACCAGGUCGGGGAACAGCAGUAUGGCAGCGCUGCGCCUCCCCGCUGUCCCCCGAGCUUGUGGGGCUGGCCGAUGCCUGCCCGAAGCGCGGGCGCUCGGCUUCAGCGCGCCCCGUGCUCCGUGCAGCAGGCUGCUAUCCGCAGCCUAGGGAGCCCUGCGGGAACUCCCGCAGGGCUCCCCACGCAGCGGAUGUCUGCCCGGCGCGCGGGGCUCUCUGCUUCAGGGCGCCCCACGCGCUGGGCGGCAGGCUGCUAUCCGCAGCGUAGGGAGCCCUGCGGGAACUCCCACGGGCUCCCCAGGCUUGCUGAUAGCUUCCUGAAGCCUGGAGAGUGAGAGGGGUCGGUGCGCACCGACCCCUCUCGCUCUCCAAGCUUCAGUGAAAGCCUGUAUUCGCCCCAUAGGACGCACACAGAUUUCCCCUUCAUUUUUGGAGGGGAAAAAGUGCGUCUUAUAGGGUGAAAAAUACGGUAAUUAAUUAUAUGAUUAAAAAUAACAAGGUGCCUUUAUGAAAAUUCAUGUUGCAAUCACACAUAAAAUAGUGUAUACCAGAGGUGGGAAAUGUGUUUUGGGCAGCAAAUUUGAUCUAAUUGUGGCCAACCCUCUGUGAGCCAGAUUUGACAGGUGGUUGGGACUUCCUUCCUGGCAGUCUGACCCAACUUUAGCAGCACCAAAUUUCAGCAUUUUUUUCUAUUUAGUAUCUCCCCCCCCCCCCCCGGAAUACUCUAGGUAGGAGUGCCACUCCUUGCUGUGACUGGAAGCUGAAAAGAGCAGCGUACAGUAAUGGCUGUGUGUGUAUGUGCAACUUUUCAGGCAACUAGAACAAUAGACCUACUACAAGCAGUCUCUCUGCUAAGUGAGUCAGUACCAAAACACAGCAAGGGUUUACCAAGUGCGUCUGUGACUCAUUUUGCUCAUCUACCAAAUUGACUAACAGGACAUAACUUCUGUUUCUGAAGAAUCUUUCUAGCAUUUGACUUUGCUGAAUGUGCAGUUAGCAUUGGCACAUCUGAGAUCAGGUUUUUUUCCUCCCACCCAAAGCAAAAGUACAAACGUUAUGAAAAGAAUUUCAUGAACAAGUAAAAUCUUUUUUUUUUUAAAGUAGCUUGCUUUAUCCACAAAUCAUUGGUUUAUUGCAGUAACGAGGAAAAUAAACUGCUCAGCGCAGUCUUUUGUUUUGAUACUCAGCCAACGGACGUUGCAUAAAACAAGUUACAGUAAGGAUUUCUUCCAUGUUAUCUCUUUGAUUCUUGUUAAUAGUAAUGUUUUGUGUUGGAAGCAGUGCCAUUCCUGAGGACCAGACAGAAAAUCACACUUCUCCCCCUCUGGUGGCAGGGAUUGGCAGGAGUUAGGAAUUCUUGGUUUAUGGUGGGAAAUCUUCUGCCUUCUCUCUGCUCCCCUCAUCCUACCCAUUGCCAAGUUGAAUGAUGUGUGAAUGCCAACACAUGGGUCCUUUUGGACCCAGAAGAAGGAAGAAUGCCCGGCGGGGGGAACAGGAGCGAACCCUUCUUGCGCAUGCUCUGCCAAUGCACGCGGGGACUAGGAACAGAACCCCUGCACAAAAUGGUCACCACCUGUAAUGUAUCUAUGAUAUAAUAAAGUAAAGUUGAAGAGCUUUCUCUCACACUUCCCUUUAACCCUUUCUCCAUGAGAUAAGAAGAAAACCCAACAUGCUUGCCCCACACUCAAGUUAGCUAUGGAGUGUGAAAUCAAGUCUAUUUCUUAAGUACUUCUCAUAGCUAACAAGAACGCUGGUGAAUCACAGCAAAGAAAGGAAAUAUUGCCACAAUAUCUGAAAAUUGUAAUAACAUUUACAGGAAAGGUCAUUGCACCAUUCAUCCUUCUCUGAAAAUAUUCUGAGUGCCUGACAGAAUGUAAGGGAGCUUCAGAUUGUGAGACCACGCUAUUACUAGCCUUUGAUUUGUUUUAAUACCAGCUGUUGUUUUCUUUUAAAGAAGAAGAGAUAAAAGCCUCUCAUUUUCAGUUUAUGACACAGAAAAAUGCAUUUUCUCAUAAAUGGCUAGUUAUAAAGUAAUUUGAACUAAAUUUCUGCACAAAUCAUUUCCAACAGAUUGGCUGUCAAGUAUAAUAAAAGAAAGAGACAAGCACAUCUGUAGAAACCGAUGAGACUUUGUAAAGUAGCAUUUCUCCCCACCCCCACCCCCAACCUUGAACUUGAAAUGUGGUUGGAGAUGUCAGUUUUUAAACAGUUCUUUGAGAAGCAGUUAACUUUUAAAGUGCACCAAUUCACAGCACACACACAGAGUGAUUUUGAAGAGUAAAGUAUUGAGAAGAACAUCGACAGAUUUCCAUAGUUAAGAGAGGCAGGCAAACACCGCAACUCUGAGAUCCAAACUACAUGUUACAUUAGCUAUGGAGCUGUACCUUUAUGUGCUGGGUUUUUCUCUCCAUAAAUUGCCUGCAGAAGGGUUCCAAUCUGGAUUGGAGCUAUGCUGGGAUAGGCUUUAAAUCUUCCCAUCCUCACCCACGUUCCACCACUGUGGUCCUGAUCUGGCACAUUUGGGGGGGAGGAACCAAAUCGCUGCCCUUAAAGGCACAGCUAUGUAGAGAUGGCAGCCUGUAGUUCGGUUGCGACACUUUCUUACAGGUUUUAUAUAGCUGGUAUAAGAGCAACAGAAAAGAAUACUUUUGAAUGGAUUUACUUGGCAACUUAACAUUGAGGGAGACAUUGCUGGAAAUGCAAAAAGAGAGAGAAAAGUCUGACUCUAUCAGAGUAAUUCUUCCAUAAAGAUCCGUAGGAAUCUUUAAAACGACAAGAAAUAUAAGCUUACUGUUUACAAAGAAUGCUGUGUUUUGUAAGAGAAAAAUGUCUUAGUUUUUCCCCCACAAGGCCUGUUUUGUUAGGAAACCACUCCCUUCUGCUUGUGCUGUUCAGGCUGGCUGCUAAUUGCCUCCUGGUUGAUGACAUUUUCCAUACAUUGCCACAUUGUGCCAGGAUUGUUACAUUUUAUUGCUGUUAAUUGUUUGCAGAACCUUGGCUUGCAAUUUAUGCCAAGGAUGGCAAAGUGGUAAGUGACGAGCCCUCUGUAUCGAGAAAGCCCGUAUUGUUUUCCAAUUAAAAAGACCCAAAAUCUGAGUCAAUGCUUUCUACGGAAUGUUAUCAGCCCUAUUUCCCCCUGUUUUGAAAUUUUAAAAUACUGAAAUUGGGAGGGAGGGGGUUAGCACUUCAUCCCUGGUCAGUUAUUAAGCCAUUGUUUUCAUUCAUUCAGACUCUGUGUUACUGGAAAUACUUCUUGCUUUGAAAAGGCAGGCUCUGUCCUCUAGCAGGCCACUCUUCACCAUCUGCCUGAUUUGAUUAUCUGGGUUAGACUACCAGUAGAUUACCAUUAUUUGAUUAUCAAGGUAACUACCAGUAGAUUGAUUGGUAAUUUCCAAUGUUAUCCAAACCAUUUAGCGCAGAACAUAGCUGCUGGAUUAUUGGGAUUAAUUGAUGAGAACAGCUUCACUGGGUGCAAGUCCAUUUUGGGGCCCAAUUAAAAGUGCUGAUAUCUGAAGAGCUGCUGGGUGGUUGAAGAAUUAUCUUUUCCUACAUCAACCAGUAAUGUGUCAAGAACAUAAUCAUAGAUCCUUCAGUGGACACCCUUGUUUUUGGAUGUUAGGCUCGUGGCUACCACAGGGAGAGCCUUUUAAAUCAUAUUGGCCCGCCUUUUGGAAUGUGACCCAGCAUCCUACUGCCAACUCAUACGUUUUUGGCAUUGAGCUGAAACCUUUUUAUUUUCCAAGGCCUUUUCAUUUUAUCUGUUGCUCUGAUUUUGUGUUUUACUGCUCUGCUGUUUCUGUUGUUUGGGGUUUGUUUUAAUAUUUGUAGUGCUGUGAGUUUGGGGUCGCCAGACUCCCCUAAAUUCCCAGAACCAGUAAGUGUUAUAAUUUAAUCAAAAUUUGAAGUGUUAAACUGGGUGCUAGACCCUUUUAACCCCAGGACACAGAAAGUGUUAAAAUAUAAGCCAGGCUAGCUUCUUCAUGAGGUAUUGAAUGGGGUGAUGAGCUAUUAAGGAAACAAAAGGAAAGGUGAUGGGCCAUUAGGAAAGCAAGGAGAGGGGGCUCUGUACUAGACAUCAAAUGGGUGGGGUCCCUCUUAGAUAGUUAGAAAGACAAAUGCCAGAGUUUACAGCAGAGUUGGUUAUGAUGUGACCUAGAAGGGGAAAAUAAGCUGCAGACUGAAAAAGGCAGAGAGGGAGCCAUGGCUGAUUUCUGCUUGUAUCCAAGGCUGCAGCUGUGGUAGAAAUAAGACCCUUUUGGGUUGUUAAUGCUGUGAACCCUCCACCAUAGGCUCGGGUAUAUGUAAAUAACCCAUAUAUCAUAAAGACACAAGGAGUCUUUGCUGUGCCUCAUUUCGAAAAGGAAAUAUGCACCUGGAACCCUGGAAUCUUGAAUCGCUCAGAGAUUGGGGUGGCAUGAACAAUACUUUCAUGUUUUUUUGCAUACUGCUUUGAAAAUGUAUCAAAAAUCAGCAUAUGAACAGCAUAAACAAACAAACCAUAUUCCCCUUAUGCAACAACUGAUGAGGUGAAGCAAAUUACAAGUGAUUUGAAGAAUAUCUCUUAACCUCUCUUGUGGCGUCAGGCUCCCUUGUGAAUCCCUGUAAUAUGCUACAUAAUGCACUUGGUAGAGACUAAUUUUAAAUUUGAGGGACUGGCUGGGAGUGAAUGUACAUUUGCAUAUAUUUCCAGAUUUGCAUAUAGUAUCUAAUAUGCCUUUUGAUCACUUGUAAAUGAUGUAGUUUUGAACAGGUGCAUUAGCAUACCUAUAGAAAAGGAAGCUCUCUCUCUCUCUCUCUCUCUCUCUCUCUCUCUCUCUCGGAACGAUGGUCCUUUCCAAUAUAAAAUAUGCUGGUGGCAGGAGAUUAAAAGCAGGAAAAUGCUGCUUUGUAGUGGUUCACAAUGCAGGUGUACACAUUGUCCUCACAGAGCUGUAUGAAAUUUAAACAGUAACGUCACUAUAUCUGUAAAAACAUUUCAUUUCAUUAAAAUUGCCUGCAGCAGUCUCCCUGACAUGCCACCUUGUAUAUGCAGAGAGUUUAUUAGGGGAGCAUUUCAGCAUUUGAUGACCUGUAUGAAGUGGUACAACCCAUCAACAGACAUAUUUGUGAGUCUGCCGAUUGUAUCUUCCAGUCCUUAUCUAGAUAUUUUUUAUGCACCAUUCUGCAUUAAUGAACUAGUUUAGUAACUUGUUAGUUAUACUUUUUUUUGGGGGGGGGGCAAUAUGUAGAAGGACAUAAGAAAUGCAAAAUAGUGUCGUAUGCUUACAAAAAAAUAUGAGAAUUUACCAGUUUUAUGUACUCCCAGUUAGUUGCUCAGAGCAAUAGGCAACAGCUAGUUGUUUGGGUAAACUAGAAUCCUGAUACUUCUUUUCUUUCACCAGAUUAUUUGUGUACAUUUUCCGUGUUCAUUAUCAUAUGCAGUAAAACAAAAUGUUGGUGGCUUGGAUUGUAUGACGUUAAGGAAGUACAUGGAAGGAAGACUUCUUGUACUGUCCUCCUCCCUAUGCACCCCACCCCCCAAAUAAAACCAUAUCCGGGAUGGGGGUGGUGUCAUGGGGAUCCUGUGGGGUGAGUUGUCCUGGGGCUGCUUUGAGAAGGCAGGGAAGGACACCUGUAUUCCACAAACUUCCUCAAGUUGUCUUAGGAGCCAACCCAACGCCAGAUUCCACAUUAUGCAGUAAAGCAUGCAUCUCUUUCGGAUAUGUGCACACACAGAAGCGCGCUCGCACAUGCACAUACAUAUGUUUGUUGGAACACUACUUUUCUAUUUGGAGAGUGAAGCAGAGAUGGUUGAAAAUAUAACCACUAUAUAUAGUUUCCUUAAAAAUGUUUAGCUAGCUACUUAAAAUACAUAGUAACUUAGCUGGAAAAGAAAGCAGCAACUUGUGUGGGAAUCACAUUAUGCACAGUUGACAUAGCUGAAGCUGAUAAUUGUGUAUCCAAUCACGGCACACUGACUUCUUCCAGGAAGUAAUUUCAGUCAGGAUAAAAAUUCAAAAGAAGAUGAUGCCAAGUCAGCAGGCUAGUAGAUAGAGUUGAGCCAGAGCUAGUCAUUGAAGUUUUGGGGUGUUACGAUUCUUCGAAAAGAUAGUAUGUGUGGCUUGCCAGUUUAUAUAAUUUGGCAAGAAGUGAGGAUUUCCCUCUUGUGAGGAGGCGAUUCUAACCUCCUUGUUAACCAAAAUUAGAUUUUGUUUCCAUUCUGCUUACGUGUGUGUCCUCCUGCCUCUUAGGACAUGCUGUAUGUAUCCUAUAUUCCUUUCACUACUUGACUGGCAUAACAAAGAAAAGGUUAUUCUAACAGCAGCUGUAGAGAGUCAUGGAAGUAUAAAAACUAUUACCACUGCUACCAGAGAUCUGCCCUCACAUCACCACAUAUAUUCAGAUCCAUUAUGACAACCAUUGUGAGGGAACAGAAUGGUGCAAGUACAGCAACAAAGCUAAUUUGGCAUUCCUGUCGCUGUGUCCGCACACCACUGACCUCCCUAUUGCCUUGCCCUUACCGGCAGUGACCUCUGCAUUGGGAAGUCAAAUAAGCACCACCACCCUGCCAGCUGCCAUUGCCCACCCUCCACAUUAAAAACCUAAGCCAUAAGACUCUGGAAAAUAGAAGAAUGCAAGUAGGACCUGCAACAAAAAUUUCUAGCAUGAGCUGUUCCUGCUCACAGUGCCACACAUCUAUAUCUUCUGUCAGGAUACUCCACCUCAGUCUUCCAUCUCCACUUCCCUAGAGAUUCUGACAUUCUGUGGCGGUUGAGCAUGCUCAGAGUUUUGUUUUCUUAGCCCUUGCCCAAUAUAUUUAUAUGUAUUUACUAUCUAUAGUUUACUUUCCACAAAGCUUGACAUUUCCCAAGCAUGCUGAUGCCUCACUCUUGUUUCUGUCAGUAGAUGUGUUUUGGCUACAAACCUGCCAUAACUCUUGAGUUCACUGUUAGUGUGUGUGUGUGUGUGUGUGUGUGCGCGUGUGCGCGUGUGCAUGUGUGUGUGCCAUGAUGUUGAUUACCACCAUUUCAUGGGGGGGGGGGGAGGGCAGAACAUCUUUCCUGUUUUGUUCCCCAGGUCUUAGAGAUCUUUCUCUAAGUCAUCCCUAUGUAACACCAUACUCCCCCCCCGCCCCGCCCCUGGUUCUGAGGCAGGCAGAAUUCUAUUUCUGCCUUUUCUUCUUUUUUAAAGGAUCACAGCCGAACAGAAGCUGUCACUAGGGGAGAGGUUCAGAAUGGCAUUGCAAACAGAAGCUGGUCCCCAGGAAUUCAUUCUUUCUCUCUCUCUCUCUCUCUCUCUCUCUCUCUCUCUCUCUCUCUCAUUCCAACCCUAUAAUAAAGUUCAAUCGCUUUCCAAAUAAAUAGACAUAACAGAUUUUUAGUGAACUUUUAAAAUUAGUAUUUUAAAAUGAAUUAUAAUUAUAUAUCACAGCAGACUCCAGAGUGCUAGAUUUUCUUCUUUCUUUCUUUUUCUGGACAUAGGAAAAAGAGGACAGUAAAAGCAUUUCAAUGCUUAAGAUAGAAAAGAAAGGACAAUGGAUGUAUCACAUUCUUUCACUGAAUAACCACCACCACCCGUCCCUUUUCAGAUAAGAAGUAAGAGCUCUGCUUGGUGUUUGGGCUCUAUUUUGAUUUUAGUAGGACUGUACCAGUGCUAGUACUUCUGCUUCAUUGACUAUGCAAAAGCCUUUGACUGUGUCGACCACAGCAAACUGUGGCAAGUUCUUAAAGAAAUGGGAGUGCCUGAUCACCUCAUCUGUCUCCUGAGAAAUCACUAUGUGGGACAAGAAGCUACAGUUAGAACUGGAUAUGGAACAACUGAUUGGUUCAAAAUUGGGAAAGGAGUACGGCAAGGCUGUAUAUUGUCUCCCUGCUUAUUUAACUUAUAUGCAGAAUUCAUCAUGCGAAAGGCUGGGCUGAAUGAAUCCCAAGAUGGAAUUAAGAUUGACGGAAGAAAUAUCAACAACCUCAGAUAUGCAGAUGACACAACCUUGAUGGCAGAAAGUGAAGAGGAAUUAAAGAACCUUUUAAUGAGGGUGAAAGAGGAGAGCGCAAAAUAUGGUCUGAAGCUCAACAUCAAAAAAACGAAGAUCAUGGCCACUGGGCCCAUCACCUCCUGGCAAAUAGAAGGGGAAGAAAUGGAGGCAGUGAGAGAUUUUACUUUCUUGGGCUCCAUGAUCACUGCAGAUGAUGACAGCAGUCACGAAAUUAAAAGACGCCUGCUCCUUGGGAGAAAGGCGAUGGCAAACCUAGACAGCAUCUUAAAAAGCAGAGACAUCACCUUGGCAACAAAGGUCUGUAUAGUUAAAGCCAUGGUUUUCCCAGUAGUGAUGUAUGGAAGUGAGAGCUGGACCAUAAAGAAGGCUGAUUGCCUAAGAAUUGAUGCUUUUGAAUUAUGGUGCUGGAGGAGACUCUUGAGAGUCCCAUGGACUGCAAGAAGAUCAAACGCAUCCAUUCUUAAGGAAAUCAGCUCUGAGUGGUCACUGGAAGGACAGAUCGUGAAGCUGAGGCUCCAGUACUUUGGCCACCUCAUGAGAAGAGAAGACUCCCUGGAAAAGACCCUGAUGUUGGGAAAGAUGGAGGGCACAAGGAGAAGGGGACGACAGAGGACGAGAUGGUUGGAUGGUGUUCACGAAGCCACAAACAUGAGUCUAACCAAACUGCGGGAGGCAGUGGAAGACAGGAGUGCCUGGAGUGCUCUGGUCCAUGGGGUCACGAAGAGUCGGACACGACUAAACGACUAAACAACAACAGCAACCAGUGCUAGAAAUGGCCUCAUUGGUAUAAUAAAUCCAUUCAGUGCAUUUGCCUGUCUAAUUGCAAAUUAUUCGAGGAAUGAAACUUCUGUUAUGAAGAUGACAUCCUAUGGUUCUAAUUACACGUUAGAUGAAGUUCUGUUUUCCCUCUCCCCCACUUCAUCUGGUGUCUCCCCCCAACCCUCGGUAAAAUCAGCCUGAGUCAAAUUAGAUUGGAAGGAAUGGGCCAGAGACAGUCUGCUUGCACCUUUCCCUUCUUCAACUCAAAACUGCUAUCUCACCUAUUGAUUGGGGGGAAGGUUUGGAGAGAUGGGUUCAUUUGAACCUAAAUGUGGGUGAAUCACUGAAUUCCUAUGGCAGUCACUCUCAGAGGUAACCAUCGCAAAUCUUUACAUGCAUUUGCAAUCCUUUAAAAACAACAACACUAGUAUCCUCUGUACUAUUAUUGCUAUCAUCAUCAUUGAUUCAUCAUCUUCUAAACAACCAACUCAAAGUGAUGUACACUGAAGAUAUUACUGAGACUACACUUGCCUUUACCAUAAAUUCCAGCGGUUUCAAGCAAUGAACGCUAAGAAUCAGGAGCAGCACUUGGCAGUAAAUCCGAAGAUUACCUGCUGAAGCGCUAGAGGGGAACACCUUUUGAUGUGGGUUAGUUAGUUUAUAAAGUAGAAAUGCCAGCUGUGCGUUUUAUUGCAUCUUUUCCUCUCUCUCUGUUAAUCUUGUGUUUAAAUAUGAGACAUUGACUGUUGGGUGGAGUAUUUAGCAGGAAAUACUCUGCACAGAGUAAUCAUUGUUCUGCUCAUGUCGCUGCAUGUAGUAAAUUAGCAACAGGGUCUGUUAACUGUUGUUGCUUAUACUUUGCUUUGACAUUGAGCUAAAACACUUGUUGCAUCACUUUAUAUAUCAAAGGAUUCACAAACUGGAUUUCCAACCUUUUCUGUUAACUACUUUUUCAAAAAGUAGCCAUACUAUAUUUCCUAUAAUACCUAUCAAGUCCCAAGUAUGGUUGCCUGUGCACAUGUAUUUGAACUUAUUAUUGGUUAAUACUGUUUAAACUGAGGUUGAGCAGACUUGUUUCUAAUUCUAGUCACAGUAGCCAGAUAACAUAAAGUCACAUGCUAUCGGCUGGUCAGCAGUUUAGCAUCCUUGCCUAAUCCAAAUCAAUCUGAUCAUGCUGCUAACUUCAGAGUGGAAAGUCUUGGUUUUUUUAAUUUUUGAGGGGAAUGGAUUAGAAUUGGCCAUUAAUAGUACUUUUAAAAAAUACUAAGCAAAAUAAGAGAUCUCUUUUUAAAAAUAAAAUAAAAUGCUAAAACAAUGAAAUACUCCUGGGAAUGAGCACGUUGUGAAAUUGAAUUGACCCCUCCUAUUAUCUAGCCCAGCAGAACGUCUGCGUGUAUAAAAAGUGCUAAGUACUGUGAGUAGGUGGAUGCAAAAAUUGUCUUUUUUUAAUUCAGGUUUUUGAAUUCUUCCUGUAUUGGACUUCUGAUAUUUUAAUAAUAGCUGGUUAUGUCAACAAAACAGCUGACCCCAGCAAUAAAAAGGUACAAGUUAUUGUAAGCUGCAAUCUUGCUGUGGCUUCUUAGAGUCCAUUGACUUUAAUGGGAUUUAAUAGCUUAUUUGUGAACAGAAUUGCAGCCUUAGGGUACAGUCAACUGUCAGUUUUUCCACCUUCCCUUUCACCUCUCAGGUUCCUCUGUACACAUAAGCUUUCUUCUUCUGACCACCUCUUCAUGUCAGUAGCCCUUCUGCAAACGGAAACCAGAAAUUGCGGGAAAGUUGUUUUUGUCUAAUAGGCUCCACCUAGAUGUGUCUUGUGCUCCUCAUAUCUCAGUUAAUAUGAGAUGCUGAGGGGCUUCAGUUUAGAAUGGGUGGCUUUCCUGAGGCACAGUGCACUUAGCUUAAUAGUAGCCCACUGAGCGGAGGAGCAGCCUGGUUUGGAAGCCACAGCUAGCAUGGCCAGUAGUCAAGGUUGAUGGCAAUUGUAGUCCAUCAACAACUCGAGGGUUGUGGGUUUUCUACCUUGGGCUGCACUGUGCAAUAUGGCAGCCUUUACAUCCUAGGCAGAUGGGAGCAUCCAUACCUCUUCUGGGAAUCCUCUUUGGUUAUAAGUCACUUUCGGUGGCCCUGGGCAAUAUAAAGCAACUAACAAAUUUAAUAAAUAGACACUGCUUAAUCAUAGACACCGGAUAAUCAUUGUACUAGCAGUGUUUAGAGCAGGUAAUAAGAUGCCCUGACCACAGUGCAACGCAAAGUUGAACCCAAUGAAUGAAUUUCAGUUAACUCUUUGUUGGAUUGUGGCCCCUGUGUCUCUUUGGCUUUCAGCAGUGGGGUGUGGAGUGAACCCUGGAAUUUUUAAUUAAAUUUAGUGCAGCUUAUGCAUUCAUGAUGAGCAGUGUGUGUUUCAUACUUGGAAUAGAAAUAAGUGAUCCACAAAUGUAUUUGGUUGUGGUCAACUAAGUCCUACUUGGAGUAGGCCCAUUGGAAUUAAUGAUACUAAGUUACUACAUGCAGGUUCCACUGUCUAAACACAGUGCGUUCCCAGGAAAUCAUUCAUUAGGUGACCGUUCACAUAACAAGCUGAUUAUUUCCAUUAUUUUCUAUGGGAAUAUUUCUAAUCUGUGAUUUGUCCAAUCUCUCUCCUUCCUGGGUUUCUGCCCCAAACUGCUGCAGCCAACCAGCAAAAGACAAACUACUCCCUGUCUGAUCUCUCAUGCUGCCUGAUUUGUCUGAUAUCUCUGCCGCCAUGGUUUUUGCCCAAUAUGCCUGUCUCCAACCAGCAAAACACAAAUAAGCAAGGAAGUAGGGAAACUCAGGUAGUGUGGGCAUCUGAAUCAGCUAUUCGUGUAGCAAGGUUUAGAUAUAAUUCUUUGUGUUUGGAUAACUGAAAUUUCAGAUAAUGAGUGUUCCAAUAGCAGGACCUGCAUGUAAUGUCCAUUAAUUUCAGUGGGUCUUACUCUGUGGUGGUGAUAUUACUGCUAAAGGAAAGGAUAACAAAUUCACUACUUCGAACCCUAGAAACAUGUUGAAGAUGAUGCAUACUAUGCAUUUUAAAUAAUGUGAAUGGCAUGCACUUGAAAAAAGCCUUGUUUCAUCUCUGCCUGGUGUCACUGGAACAUGAGUCAACCUGUUUAAGGCUUAUUCCAUGCAAAAGAGAAGAGGAAGUGAACUAGUGUAUACAAGCGAAUGAAGGAUUAGUGAUAAAAUAAUAUGAAAAAUUAAAUGGGAACAUGGUUGCUGGCAUUUGUAACUGCAUUUUUAUUAGUGCUACCUGAACUGAAUUAGAACAACCAAAUUACAGAGCACCUCGCAAGACUGAAAGAGGGACGUAUUGUGCAAAUACCAAGAGAGUAGAGCAUUGUUAGGCACAGCUGUCUGGCUUUCAGAUCAAGCUUAGGAGCUCCCUUCUCCUCAUAGCAAAAUACUUUUGCUUGCAAAGGAAAAUGCUAUAGUGCUGUUGGUACAUCAUUUCCAACUGUUAAUACAUUGGUCUCUCAUAUUAUAAUUUGAAGCAUGGUAUGUUCCAUCAAAUUUUAUUACUGUUGAAAAACUUGUUUAUGCUAAAUUAAAGAAAUGAAAGAUACAGACCCACCAUAACUCUGGUUCAAUUUUGUAGUUGUAUUAGUUAGCUUUCUUGCAGUAGAGGAAAUACAUAAGGCCCAGUCCUGUUCAUCAAUUAGUUUACCAAUUGGGCCAAUAUGAGAAGUGGCCUGCCAGCAAGUUCUGUUGCCACGCAUACCACUUCCUUUGCAAGCAUUUUGCUUUCAGAUGUCAUUGAAUGAUGAUGGAUGAGCCAUUUCAGUCAAUAAUUUUGUGUGUGUGUGUUUAAAGGUUUGUAUUAGGUAUGCUCUUAUAAUUGUAAGUCGCUUUGAUACCUUUUGUGCUGGGGCCAUCCUUCUGUGCAGUAGUAGCACAGUUGGAGUCUGUGCCUGCGGAAUAUUCUGUAGUGCACUGCAGUGGAACCAAUGAUCUGAGAGUAUAACAUGACUUCAAAGGUUCUUACAUUCUGACAUAAAGUUAGGUGAAGGAGUCACUUUUUAAUUGCAGAUUUUGCUGUUUCAUUAGCCAUAAACUCACAUCACCUGUUCCAAAAUAUUAGUGAACAAACUGUUUUGUAUUUAUACUUUUCUCCACACUUCAGUCAUGUACCUGCACAUAAUUUACAUGGGGGGGGGGGAGGGAGUAAUUUGGCACAAUGACCAGAGGGUGAAAUUCUAGUUUGGUACUUAGAAGUUGCAUGUUUGUCAUGUUCCUUACAUCCACUAGCAGAAAUUCCUGAACCACAGAUUAUGUGUCUCAGAUAUACGGGAGGUAGUAUAACAAAUACAGAAAAACAAACUAGGGAAAAUAUAACAAUCCUCCUUAUUCGGGAUUGAAGCUGGGAAUCUGUGAACAUACUGAAUGCUCUUUAACUGCUGUUGUACUUUAUACUGUAAGUGUUUUUCUUAGUGGGUGGGUCUGGAUGAUAGCCAAGUGGAAAUUUUCACAGCACUGCAGAAUUGUACAGUGCACUUAUUGCUUCAGAUUGUACAGUACCAUGCAGACUUAUGAUGUAUUCCUAAUAACAGCUCUGACCAUGCACAUGCUUAUGUGUGGGUGGCCUCUUCACCCCUGUGUACUAAAUGAAGCACAGAUAUAAUGCCGAUAUCGUGACAAUAUAAAGCCCCACCUUUGCGGAUUACUUUGCUGUAGUGGAGCCAUAUGUGUUUAUGUGUUUACCAAGGAAGUCCCAUCUCAGUUGUGGUGGCACAGAAAUCGAAACUGCAAGCACAGCCAGUCAUUAAGCUUGGGAGCCAGGAGUGAGAUCCCCAGUCUUAAUUACAUUUGUUCCUUUAAGCUUAUAGAAACCUACUGACAAUUUGUCAAGUACAGCAUACAGAUUUUCUUACUCAAAAAAUGUUCUAUUUUAUUUGAAAGAGAGCACCACUGAGGGCCUGUGAACAAUCCAGCAAUGCCUGCAAAUUCUUCAAGGUGAAGGAUAAUCUGGGAGUCCCAACUGACGACAGUGAAUGUUGUGAGUAA